AUGCACACCGAGACUCGAAGCAAGAAAGUAAGUCUGUCUUGACCAUUAUUGACUUUGCCCUGUCCAGCAAACUGCUAUCGGCAGAUAUUUAAAUGAGUUUACAUUGUCAGUUCAACAUGUGCCAAUUUAAAGAAUUGGAGAGUGUCUUACAAGGGGGAAGGCAUAUGUAGGAAGCUUGACUGUUACAUUCAGUUAGCUUGGUAGUUGACCAACUACUAGGCAACGGUACUGAUAAUAAUAGCAUGCUAGCUAGCUAGGUGACUGACGCAGGCUACUGAGAGCUAGAGGUGGAGAGUCGAAUCGAUUCCUCGACUCCCGGUGUCGACUCCCAUUUCUGGGUGUCAAGCUUCGAUUCUGCUAGGAAUCGACUCCUAAGAUUCAGUAUUUUUGCAACGGAGGAAUCGACAACUAAGAUUCAGUAUUUUUGCAAUGGAGGAGACUUUUGCCGUAGGCUACUUCCAAGAAGCCAAACUCUGGCAUCUUUCACAGCAAAGAAAGAGGUUUGAUAGCUCCGACAAUCGACCGCAGACAGUGAUGUUGCCUCUCUCUCCCUCUCUCUUAGUAACUGUUCUCUCCUCUGUAAACGUUAACAAUUAACGUGCAUGCAAAUGACUGGAACGGGUUAACUAUACAUGCCUUCUCGGGUAACUGUCUCUCUCUCUCAUUCCCUCUCUCUGCGAGCUUUGGGGUCCAGGUUUUUUAAAGUGCACUGUGAUCUAUGUGAGCGAAUGAGGCAGGAAGGAAACGCAGGAACUGCAGCUAGUACAUAGAGAUAGAUAGAGAUCUCAAGAUGGGUAUAACCCCUUUUAGCAUGGACAUUGCCAUUGAGGGCUUCGACGAUUCAACUGGGUGAGGAUUCCUAUGGGUUGGGAGAGAUCAGAUAAUGAUCAGAGCAUUGUCUUCUUCUUCAAAUUGGGUUGACUAUGGCUUUAAGCUAUAUCACUGCCAUCUAGUGGUCACAAUAGAUGCGUGACACAAUAUUUGGUUGUGGACUCCAGUACUGCAGGUGGUGGUAAAUCACCAAUAUUAGCUUUACACUUUUUUCAAACACAAAAUAAGAAAAAUGACUUCUUCAAAAUGGAGACGGACUCAAUGGUGCUGCCCAUGCCUCCACAGCCCCCAUAAUGGCACAGAUACAAAGAUGAGAUCUCUAUCUAUCUCUAUGAGCUAGUAGGACACGUCUUAGUUCCUUAAAGGGACAGUAGCGCUCGCUCACAUCCCAACCCAGGGAACGAGCCAGGUGUAGGCCUAUUGCCUCGAGCGACACUGUACACGCAUCCGGCCUGCCGCAUCUCGUGCACAGAACUUUACAUCAUUUGGAAGCCUGCUGUAAAUGUUUUGGUACAGCCGUCAGGUACAGUAGCAAAGGGUCAGAGUGCAAGACAAAUAUUCAGCCUCAACCAGGGACAGGAAAGGAAACCCAUCCUUCAAGCUUGUCUGGGGUGUCAAGACUUUUCAUCAUUCACAAGAUCGUUAUCCUUCAACAGCAAUAUCAAUAAGGGUUUCAUUAUGCAUUACAAAUUAAAUAGAUAGCCUACUGAUCUAUCAUCAUGUUGACAAAAAUGAUGCAUUAUCUCUGAGAUGCCUCCGCAUUUCUUUUGGCCUCAGUUAUUGUUUUUCUCUAAGCAUGACACAAAUCCAUUUCUUAUCAUAUCUGUAGUCAGUGUAGUUGCCUUAUUAUGAUGAUUGACAGUUUCAUGCUGUAAUGAAACAUGAAUCGGAUGUCGUCACUCGUCAGUGCUACACAAGAGAUACAGACCACACUCCUUUUCCUGUGUGUUUGUGUGUGUGCAAGCGUGCGUCUUUGUGUGUGUGCUCGUCUGCGGGUAUGCGUCUCUCUCUCUGUGUGUGUGUGUGUCUGUGUGCGAGUUUGGCUUGUAUACGCCUCUGUAUAUGUGUGUGUGUGUGUGCAUGGCAUGGAUUAGGCCAGCUCUGAAGGUGUAAUCUAUAAGCAGGGCCUAUUACACAUUCCUAUGCAGGGCAGCAGCAGCCUCAGUAGGCCUAAUGGUUGUGAGCACAGCUCUGUGGAGGGAGAGGCCCAGUCAUUUGGAGGCCGGUAGUGUGUGUCUGUCUUGUUUCUGUUUGUUUGUGUGUGUCUAUGUGUAUGUUUCUGUGUGUGUGCGCGCGGCUCAGCCCAGGGUGUGCCAGACGGUAGGCAAUGAUUAACAGGGGAUAGAUAAACUUUGCUCAAACUGGUUAAAUGCGGGACGGGAGACGAAGGCAGCCAUCUCCUGUGUGUGUUUUUUCUGGCCACAGAGUAACCCACCCUAGGGAGGUGUCUGUCAGGGUGACAUGGUGACAUAAGGGACACACAGUGACUGGUGGUGCCAAGGUGCUUCAUGUUGUGGUGGUAUUGGCUUAGGUCAUCUAGGCCUGAUCCUGACCGUUUCUGCAUUCAAGCAUGCCAAAUUGUCAACUUACCAAAUAAAACAUUGACAAGUUGACUAAGGCAGAAACAGACUGGCACCCAGGCUAGGAGCAGUGGCCCCUUUCGGGCUUCAGCUUGUUUGGGAUUUGAGACAGGAGUGGGCCCUGUACUAUUACAGGGUUGUAGCACGUAGAGCAUGAUAUUUGAGGCGGAGGGGAUUCAUUGGUGAGGGUGUCACAACAGGGGGUAAAGAGAGGUGAGGUGACCCUGACUUGGCAGACUGGGGGCAUUAGCUGACUUUGGGGUAGCCAGUCACGUGGGUAUGAGCUGGGUGGGGAGACAGGGUGGAUGGUGUCACAGGGGUAUUAGUUUGGAAGGAAGGGAAGAACAGGAGGGUGGGGUUGGGGUGGUGCCAUAGGGGUAUUAGCUUUGGAGGACAGGAGAGGUGGGGCGAUGGUAAGGGGGGUGUAAUGCGUGUCACUAGGGCUGGCACAAUUACCGUAUAGGCCUAACUGUGUAACGGAUGGUUAUGGCUGAAGACCUUCAUGAACAUAAAAUAACCGUCAUAACCGUAAAGGAUAAUAAUUGUGUACAGUGCAUUCGGAAAGUAUUCAGACCCCUUGACUUUUUCCACAUUAUGUUACGUUACAGCCAUAUUUAAUUUAAUACAAAUGUUCCUCAUCAAUCUACACACAAUACCCCAUAAUGAUGAAGCGAAAACAAGUUUUUCCAAAGUUUUGCAAAUUUAGUAAAAAUAAAAAACAGAAAUAAGUAUUCAGACCCUUUCCUAUGAGACUCGAAAUUGAGCUCAGGUGCAUCCUGUUACCAUUGAUCUUCCAUGAGAUGUUUCUACAACUUGAUUGGAGUCCACUUGUGGUAAAUUCAAUUGAUUGGACAUGAUUUGGAAAGGCACACACCUGUCUAUAUAAGGUCCAACAGUUGACAGUGCAUGUCAAAAACCCAGCCAAGAGGUCGAAGGAAUUGUCUGUAGAGCUCCGAGACAGGAUUGUGUCGAGGCACAGAUCUGGGGAAGUGUACCAAAAAAUGUCUGCAGCAUUGAAGGUCCCCAAGAACACAGUGGCCUCCAUCAUUCUUAAAUGGAAGAAGUUUGGAACCACCAAGACUCUUCCUAGAGCAAUCGGGGGAGAAGGCCUUGGUCAGGGAGGUAACCAAGAACCCGAUGGUUACUCUGACAGAGCUCCAGAGUUCCUCUGUAUAGAUGGGAGAACCUUCCAGAAGGAAACCAUCUCUGCAGCACUCCACCAAUCAGGCUAUGGUAGAGUGGCCAGACGGAAGCCACUCCUCAGUAAAAGGCACAUAACAGCCCGCUUGGAGUUUGCCAAAAGGCAGCUAAAGACUCUCAGACCAUGAGAAACAAGAUUCUCUAGUCUGAUGAAACCAAGUUUGAACUCUUUGGCCUGAAUGCCAAGCGUCAUGUCUGGAGGAAACCUGGUGCCAUCCCUACGGUGAAGCAUGGUGGUGGCAGCAUCAUCAUGCUGUGGGGAUGUUUUUCAGUGGCAGGGACUGGGAGACUAGUCAGGGUCGAGGGAAAGAUGAACGGAGCAAAAUACAGAGCGAUCCUGAUGAAAACUUGCUCCAGAGCGCUCGGGACUUAAGACUGGGGCGAAGGUUCACCUUCCAACAGGACAACAACCCUAAGCACACAGCCAACACAACGCAGUAGUGGCUUCGGGACAAGUCUCUGAAUGUCCUUGAGUGGCCCAGCCAGAGCCCGGACUUGAACCCGAUCGAACAUCUCUGGAGAGACCUGAAAAUAGCUGUGCAGCGGCGCACCCCAUCCAUCAUGGCAUAGCUUGAGAGGAUCUGCAGAGAAGAAUGGGAGAAACUCGCCAAAUACAUGUGUGUCAAGCUUGUAGCGUCAUACCCAAGAAGACUCGAGGCUGUAUUCACUGCCAAAGGUGCUUCAACAAAGUACUGAGUAAAGGGUCUGAAUACUUAUGUAAAUGUGAUAUUUCAGUUUUAGAUUUUUUAUAUAAUUUAGCUAAAAUGUCUAAAAACCUGUGUUUGCUUUGUCAUUAUGGAGUAUUGUGUGUAGAUUAAUGACAGGGAUUUUUUUUUUUCUCAUCAAUUUUAGAAUACGGCUGUAACGUAACAAAAUGUGGAAAAAGUCAAGGGAUCUAAAUACUUUCCGAAUGCACUGUAGACGGCAAAAAUAAGGCUACAUAACCUUUUACCAGCCGCACCGUUUUACACUUCAUAUGGCCUGCUUAAGGUCUAAUGAACGAAAGCCUGAAUUCAUGUAAUAAAUAACUGAUAAUUAACUGAAUUAUCAAAAACAAAUAGUCCUAACUACUUACACUUUGUCCAGGCUGUGGUUUGAAUACUUAUGUAAAUAAGGUAUUUCUGUUUUUUAUUUUUAAUAAAUUUGCAAAACUUUCUUGGCAGAAUGAGCUCUAGUUUGUAUGAACAUCUUUUUAAAAACCAUCAACAAAAAAAUUCAUUUUUUAAUGAUAAAGGAAAUAUAUAUUAUAUAUACAAUAUACAGCUCUGGAAAAAAUUAAGAGAUCACUGCAAAUUGUUCUUAAAUCUGCAUCUCUACAUGUAUGACAGCCAUUCCAUUCCAGUGUCUGUUGAAUUCCAACACAGGCACACCACAUUCUACUGAAUUAGGUACUGAUUAGGUGAUCAUCUGAACCAAAUCUUAUUUAACGAGGAAAAGUAUAAAAACCACUGCUGUGGUCAUCACUUUCCUCUUGCAAUAGGACCAGCUGGAUGGCAAAAACAGUGCUAAUAGUACCUCAAAAGUAAUAUUAAUCAAAAAAUAACUAGUGACCAUGCCAAAAGAGUUGAAAAGGAAAGUUUUGAGUGAGGAAAAGAAGGGUUAAAUUCUGGCUUUACUGGCAGAGGGAUACAGUGAGCGUCAGGUUGCUUCCAUCCUUAAAAUUUCAAAGACGGCGGUUCAUAAGAACAAGGUCAAGCAGCAGAUAUUGGGGACAGCAAAGCUACAGACCGGCAGAGGGCGAAAACGACUCUCUACUGACCGGGAUGACCGCCAACUAAUUUGAAUGUCACUCAACAACCGUAGGAUGACAUCAAGUGACCUACAAAAAGAAUGGCAAACGGCAGCUGGGGUGAAGUGCACGGCGAGGACGGUUCGAAACAGGCUCCUAGGGGCUGGGCUGAAGUUGUGCAAAGCUAGAAAAAAAACCUUCAUCAAUGAGAAGCAAAGAAGAGCCAGGCUGAGGUUUGCAUAAGACCAUAAGGAUUGGACCGUAGAGGACUGGAGUAAGGUCAUCUUCUCUGAUGAGUCCAAUUUUCAGCUUUGCCCCAACACCUGGUCGUCUAAUGGUUAGACGGAGACCUGGAGAGGCCUACAAGCCACAGUGUCUCGCACUCACUGUGACAUUUGGUGGAGGAUCGGUGAUGAUCUGGGGGUGCUUCAACAAGGCUGGAAUCGGGCAGAUUUGUCUUUGUGAAGGACGCAUGAAUCAAGCCACGUACAAGGUUGUCCUGGAAGAAAACGUGCUUCCUUUUGCUCUGACAUUGGUCCCCAACUCUGAGGAAUGGUUUUUCCAGCAGGACAAUGCGCCAUGCCACACAGCCAGGUCAGUCACGGUGUGGAUGGAGGACCACCAGAUCAAGACCCUGUCAUGGCCAUCCUAAUCUCCAGACCUGAACCCCAUUGAAAACUUCUGGAAUGUGAUCAAGAGGAAGAUGGAUGGUCACAAGCCAUCAAACAAAGCCGAGCUGCUUGAAUUUUUGCGCCAGGAGUGGCAUAAUGUCACCCAACAUCAAUGUGAAAGACUGGUGGAGUAUGGAGGACUAAAAGUGCCACAAUUAAAUAAAUAAAUACACCAUUAAAUAAUUACUUAAAUGUGUCAUUAAUUAAUUCAAAUUAGAAUUAAAUACAUAAAUGUGUAAUUAAAUGUAUCAUUAAUUAAUUCAAAUACCGAUUCAUUUUAUGUAAAAUACAUAUAUAAUUAUUUCACUAUUUACAUUUACAUUUCAUGAUCCUGCAUUGCAGUGAUUCAUGAAUUACUUAAAACUGUCAAACUGACCCAUCAAAGUCAGUGGGCGGGGCUAACGCGAAUCUAGUCUGAUCCAUUGCUUUGGUCUGAAGUAGAGUAGGCCAACCUGGAUAGAGACAAUGGAGGAUCUCCGUGAACUUUCCAGGGAGUUGGUUAGAGACAUUUUAAACUUAGCAGAGGAUGUAGAAGCAGGACCUGCUGACAUUAUCCGGAAUUGAUUUGUCUUGGCUUGAUGCAGCGGGUAACCAAUCAGGCGUUAGGUUCCGCCUACCAACUUUUGAUGGGUCAGUUUGACAGUUUUAAGUAAUUCAGGAAGCACUCCAACGCAGGACCAUGAAAUGUAAAUGUAAAUAGUGAAAUUAUUAUAUAUGUAUUUUACAUAAAAUGAAUCGGUAUUUGAAUUAAUUAAUGACACAUUUAAGUAAUUAUUUAAUGGUGUAUUUAUUUAUUUAAUUGUGGCACUUUUAGUCCUCCAUAGUGGAGAGCAUGCCAAGACGCAUGAAAGCUGUGAUUGAAAAUCAGGGUUAUUCCACCAAAUAUUAAUUUCUGAACUCUUCCUAAGUUAAAACAUUAGUAUUGUGUUGUUUAAAAAUAAUAAUAAUAAUAAAUAAUAUGCCAUUUAGCAGACGCUUUUAUCCAAAGCGACUUACAGUCAUGCGUGCAUACAUUUUUUUGUAUGGGUGGUCCCGGGGAUCGAACCCACUACCUUGGCGUUACAAGCACCGUGCUCUACCAGCUGAGCUACAGAGGACCACCCUGUGGAAAAAUGAACAUGAACUUAUUUUCUUUGCAUUAUUCGAGGUCUGACAACACUGCAUCUUUUUUGUUAUUUUGACCAGUUGUCAUUUUCUGCAAAUAAAUGCUCUAAAUGACAAUAUUUUUGUUUGGAAUUUGGGAGAAAUGUUGUCAGUAGUUUAUAGAAUAAAACAAAAAUGUUAAUUUCACCCAAACACAUACCUAUAAAUAGUAAAACCAGAGAAAUGUAUAUUUUUGCAGUGGUCUCUUAAUUAUUUCCAGAGCGGUAUGUUAUCUAUGUAGUUUCUAUAUUUGUGAUUUUUUUUUUGGCAACCGCCAACCACAGGAGGAGCCCACUCUCAAUGAGUGUAUUUAUUUAACCAUUAUUUAACUAGGCAAGUCAGUUAAGAACAAAUUCUUAUUUACAAUGACGGCUUACUUGUAAAGCCCCUGCGGCCAAACCCUCCCCUAACCCGGACGAUGCUGAGACUAUCCAGAGCGACUUACAGGAGCAAUUAGGGUUAAGUUCCUUGCUUAAGGGCACAUCGACAGAUUUUUCACCUAGUUGGCUCGGGGAUUAGAACCAGCGACCUUUAGUUUACUGGCACAACGCUCUUACCCACUAAGCUUACUGAGUCCGCUCUCAAUUAGUGUAUUUAUUUAACCAUUAUUUCACUAAUAAAAAAUUAAACUGCAUAAUACACUGAACAAAAAUAUAAAUGCAACAUGCAACAAUUUCAAAGACUUUACUGAGUUACAGUUCAUAUAAGGAAAUCAGUCAAUUGAAAUAAAUUAAUUAUGCCCUAAUUUAUGGAUUUCACAUUACUGGGAAUACAGAUAUGCAUCUGUUGGUCACAGAUACCUGAAAAAAAAGUAGCAGCGUGGAUCAGAAAACCAGUCAGUAUCUGGUGUGACCACCAUUUGCCUCAUGCAGCGCAACACAUCUCCUUCGCAUAGAGUUGAUCCGGCUGUUGAUUGUGGCCUGUGGAAUGUUGUCCCACUCCUCUUCAAUGGUUGUGCAAAGUUUCUGGAUAUUGGCGGGAAUUGCAACAUGCUGUUGUACACAUCGAUUCAGAGCAUCCCAAACAUGCUCAAUGGGUGACAUGUCUGGUGAGUAUGCAGGCUAUGGAAGAACUGGGACAUUUUCAACUUCCAGGAAUUGUGUACAGAUCCUUGCGACAUGGGGCCGUGCAUUAUCAUGCUGAAACAUGAGGUGAUGGAUGAAUGGCACGACAAUUGGCCUCAGGAUCUCGUUACGGUAUCUGUGCAUUCAAAUUGCCUAGAUAAAAUGCAAUUGUGUUCGUUUUUCGUAGCUAAUGCCUGCCUGUACCAUAACCCCACUGCCACCAUGGGGCACUCUGUUCACAACGUUGGCAUCAGCAAACCUAUUGCCCACACGAUGCCAUACAGGCUGUCUGCCAUCUGCCCAGUACAGUUGAAACCGGGAUUCAUUCGUGAAGUGCACACUUCUCCAGCGUGCCAGUGGCCAUCGAAGGUGAGCAUUUGCCCACUGAAGUCGGUUAUGAUGCCGAACUGCAGUCAGAUGAAGACCCUGGUGAGGACGACAAGUUUCUGACAGUUUGUGCAGAAAUUCUUCGGUUUUUCAAACCCACAGUGGGUCAUCAGCUGUCCGAGUGGCUGGUGUCAGACGAUCCCGCAGGUGAAGAAGCUGGAUGUGGAGGUCCUGGCUGGCGUGGUCUGCGGUUGUGAGGCCGGUUGGACAUACUGCCAAAUUCUCUAAAACAAUGUUGCAGGUGGCUUAUGGUAGAGAAAUUAACAUUACAUUCUCUGGCAAUAGCUCUGGUGGACAUUCCUGCAGUCAGCAUGCCAAUUGCAUUGUAUUGUGUGACAAAACUGCACAUUUUAUAGUUGCCUUUUAUUGCCCCCAGCACAAGGUGCACCUGUGUAAUGAUCAAGCUGUUUAAUCAGCUUCUUGAUAUGCCACACCUGUCAGGUGGAUGGAUUAUCUUGGCAAAGAAGAAAUGCUCACUAACAGGGAUGUAAACACAUUUUUUUAAAAUAACUCUGGAUUUAAGUUUUAUCACAAGCACAUACAGGUAUCUGCCAAAAUAAAGGAAACCCCAACAUCAAGUGUCUUAAAAGGGUGUUGGGCCACCACGAGCUUCCAGAACAGCUUGAAUAUGCCUUGGCAUAGAUUUUACAUGUGGACCUAAACCAUGCCAGGAAAAUGCACCAUAACAUAGACUUUGUAUAUGUGUUACCUUUAUUUUGGCAGUUACUGGUAUGCCUACAGUCGGGAAGGCUGCAGUUUGGGCAGCAUGCCCGUCAAAUAUACAGCUUGUUGUGUUGUGGCCAUUGACAUAUAGUCCAUAGAAGGGUAUUGGAACCUCUUACCCUGGCAAUGUGAUUGUUAAACUCAUGGGUACACUAGCAAUGGGUGCCUGUCCUGGCUUGAAUGGCAACUGCCAUCUAUAGAUUAUAUUUGUACGGUUGGAUUUCAAAAUACAAUCGUGGGAAAAACGUAGUUUGGAAACCAAUAGAAACAAUGUUUUCUAAUUUUUUUGCAAACAGCAACACUGUUUUUCAAAGUAGCUCAUCUGCCAUCUAAGUGAUCUCUGAUUUGUUAAUCGAGCCCUGGUUAGCUUAGUAGACCCCCCCCCCCCACCCCGCUCUGGACCAGAAUUAGGCUCUCUCUCCACUACCUAUUGUUCCUGCAGUGAGGAUUCAACAUCUUCAUCGAAUGUUUUCAGAGUUUAUCUGGAGAUAAUCACCAAAAAGCAGUUGUAGCCUACCAGUAUGCAAAUUAGGUAGCCAAAUGAAAGGCUCUUUCACCGAUGCGAUUCAGUUCCUGAUCCGUUCAAAAAGAGCCGUUCGUUCCCGAACAACUCAUCACUGAUGAGUCACUUUAUCGGUCACUGGCAAGUCUCGACAUAGGAAAAUGCAAACAAGAUCUUGGUUUACUUGUCCCGAUGCGAUACCAUGGAGAUACUGUAUAACUGCAUUGUAUGAUUUAUGAAUAGCAAAGGGAUAUAGGAGAUUUACUUUAUUCAGUCAGUUCAACACUUUUUAUAAACUAGUCAACACUUGCUGUUCGGUCGUCAAUCAAAGCACAGUAAAUAGCCUAUGCACCCCGACUCUGUGGCAGGCUAUAUGAAAGUUGAAACACACAAAAGAAAAUGAAUGAAUGUGCCACAAAACAAUUAAGUCAAUUAAACUCAUCGUAACCACUUACAUUACAUGGUACAUUCACUCACAGGAGUGAUGAAGAAGCAUCACGCUCUCUCCCGCUUCCGUGAAAAGAAAUGUGACUGCAGCCAACCACAUCGCACAAAAAUAACACAGGUACCGAGAGGCGGGACAGACCGCAGACUGAAAAACCAGCAGUGUUUCCCUGUCAUAGCUCGCUUUGUGACUGACAGGCGCCUGUCCUAUCAAUAGAUCACUAGAAGAUGCAUAUCGUUCAUUUGAGCAGGAGAAAGCUAUGCAGACUUUUAAAUGGGGGGGAAAAAAAGCUUGAAGUGGAAAAUGUAGCCGGCCGACACUGAGUCUAUUAUCGGCUGUUUAUGCGCUUAGGGAAAACACUGAUGAUAGGGCUGGGGCUGGGUUAUAGGGCCGAGACUGUGAGUAGAAGCAGUCAAGCAGAGGUGCUGUCAGAGACCACAGGCACGCCACCCUCUCCCUCUUAUUUCUGCCCCUCCCUCAACCAGCCUCCCCCUGCCCAACAUGGAGAGGAGUGGAGGAUUGGAGAUGUAGAACGAGCUCUGCCUGGAAAAUAACUCCCCAACACUCUUGCCUCCUAUAACAAGGAUCAGCUAGCUGCUAUAGCCUAACCCUGCAGCCACCAUCUGGGAAUGCAUACUCCAGUACUCUCUGUCUCUGAGUCUCUGGCUCACUGGGUACAUCCCAAAUGGCACCCUAUUCCCUAUAUGGUGCACUACUUUUGACCUGAGCCCUAUGGGCCCUGCUAAAAAUUGGAUUUGUCACACGGGGACACAUCCUCUGUUGAGGUGUGAAGACGAGCCACAGCUAUUCUCUCACCUCUACCUUUCUGUCAGAAGUGUCAGGACUCAUAUGCGUGUCAACCUGCUCACUGUGACACUGGUUUCAGCUAAAGUAGCUCUUCUCAGAGAAGAUGCAUUCUUGACUCUGUAUGCAGUAUGAGGUGGUGUGAGUGGCAGAGUAAAUGAGGAAAAGAGAGGGGGACAGAGGAAGGGAGGGAAAGAAAGAGGGAACAGGGAAUGUAUGGUUCUGUCAGGGUUACACACGCACGCAUGCACACACAGACCGAAGUGUGUGUGAAGAGUGGGGUUUGUGUAUUCUCAUGUCUGAUAAGGAUAGAGAGGGUACGCUAAGCCCGUCUUUUUAUGGUGGACUAACACUCAGUGAUAAAACAUUAAAGGGUUCAACUCUACUACCACAAGGGCUGCGUCCCAAAUUGCCUCCUAUUUCCUUUAGUGCACUACUUUUGACCUGAGCCCUAUACUACGAAUCAGGUUUGAGGAGUUACGGAGGUAACGUUGGUCAACUCUAAAUUCAACUCGGGAUAAACGGUACUACGAAAGUGGCUCACGAAUCCUUCAGAACUAACCUGCUCCGUGGCAGGCUAACUCAGGGCUAACUCCAUUUACCCUGAAUGAAGUGUCUGAGCUGGGAGUUGAGGUCCAAUGAAAUCAGAUUCCCUCUCUCUCACAAAGAUUGCAUCAUCCCCUUCAUUUGAGGAAGAUGACUGAUUUUAUUUAAGUGUUUAUUUGUGUGUUAAAAAAAAAAAGAGUAAUGUUAAAAUGCAUAUCACAUUAUGCAUUUGAUAGGAGUGGGAAAAAAGGUGCUCGUACACACCAAAGACAGCAUGACGAUGAGUAAUACAAUAAAGACAGCACUUCUAAAAGUUACAAGCCUGCUAGAGUUAGCGGCUAGCUUUGGAAAACCCUGAGUAGAUCUAGCUUCCUUCAUAGUAUACCCCUCAAGGCCCAUAUGGGCUCUGGUCAAGAAUAGUGCACUAGACUUUUAUAUAGGGAAUAGGGUGCCAUUUGGGACAGAACUAUCCCUCAUCCCUGCUCUGUCUCUCUGUGCUCUGUUAGUGAUUAUGUGUGCCUGGGGGUCCACUCACCACCUCAGCAUCAAUACUCAUCAUGUACUGUUCAUUCAGAAAGUGUUCAGACCCCUUGACUUUGUCCACAUUUUGUUAGGUUACAGCCUUAUUCUAAAAUUGAUUAAAUUGUAUUUUUCCCUCAUCAAUCUACACACAAUACCCCAUAAUGACAAAGCAAUUUUUGGAAAUGUAUUAAAAAUAAAAAACGGAAAUUACAUUUACAUAAGUAUUCAGAUCCUUUACUCAGUACUUUGUUGAAGCACCUUUGGAAGCGAUUACAGCCUGGAGUGUUCUUGGGUAUGACGCUACAAGCUUGGCACACCUGUAUUUGGGGAAUUUUUCCCAUUCUUCUCUGCAGAUCCUCUCAAGCUCUGUCAGGUUGGAUGGCGAACGUCGCUGCACAGCUAUUUUCAGGUCUCUCCAGAGAUGUUCGAUCGAUUUUAAGUCCAGAGACUUGUCCCGAAGUCACUCCUGCAUUGUCUUGUCUGUAUGCUUAGGGUCGUUGUCCUGUUGGAAGGUGAACCUUCGCCCCAGUCUGAGGUCCUGAGCGCUCUGGAGCAGGUUUUCAUCAAGGAUCUCUCUGUACUCUGCUCAGUUCAUCUUUCCCUCGAUCCUGACUAGUCUCCUAGUCCCUGCAGCUGAAGAACAUCCCCACCGCAUGAUGCUGUCAUCACCAUGCUUCACCGUAGAGAUGGUGCCAGGUUUCCUCCAGAAGUGACGCUUGGCAUUCAGGCCAAGGAGUUCAAUCUUGGUUUAAUCAGAACAGAAAAUCUUGUUUGUCAUGGUCUGAGAGUCCUUUAGAUGCCUUUUGGCAAACUCCAAGCGGGCUGUCAUGUGCCUUUUACUGAGGAGUGGCUUCCAUCUGGCCACUCUACCAUAAAGGCCUGAUUGGUGGAGUGCUGCAGAGAUGGUUGUCCUUCUGGAAGGUUCUCCCAUCUCCACAGAGGAACUCUGGAGAUCUGUCAGAGUGACCAUCAGGUUCUUGGUCACCUCCCUGACCAAAACCCUUCUCCCCCGAUUGCUCAGUUUGGCUGGGCGGCCAGCUCUAGGAAGAGUCUUGGUGGUUCUAAACUUCUUCCAUUUAAGAAUGAUGGAGGCCACUGUGUUCUUGGGGACCUUCAAUGCUGCGGAAAUGUUUUGGUACCCUUCCCCAGAUCUGUGCCUCGACACAAUCCUGUCUCGGAGCUCAUGGCUUGGUUUUUGCUCUGACAUGCACUGUCAGCUGUUGGACCUUAGACAGGUGUGUGCCUUUCCAAAUCAUGUCCAAUCAAUUGAAUUUACCACAGGUGGACUCCAAUCAAGUUGUAGAAACAUCUCAAAGAAGAUCAAUGGAAACAGGAUGCACCUGAGCUCAAUUUCGAUUCUUAUAGCAAAGGGUCUGAAUACUUAUCUAAAUAACAUAUUUCAUUAUUUUUUUUGCAAAAACAAAUCUAAAAACCUGUUUUUGCUUUUUCAUUAUGGGGUAUUGUGUGUAGAUUGAUGAGGGAAUAAUUUUUUUAAAUCCAUAAAAUCCAGAACCAAAUCAAGAAGCGUUCACGUGAUAAUUUGGUUCUGGUUUGCUAAGAUUAGUCAACAGUGGAUGUCUAGAUAGAAUACAUGGUGUAUGUUAUUUUACUGGAAGCCUGUUUGAAGGUGGUAAGGUGAGGUUAUAGCAAGAACACAGCUCAUUGUGGCUUUAGUGAUGCUCUCCCUCUUAUUCACUCUUUUUCUCUCUCUAAUUCACUCGUUCUCUCAAUUUCAAUUCAAAGGGCUUUAUUGUCAUGGGAAACAUAUGUUUACAUUGACAAAGCAAGUGAAAUAGAUUAUCAAAAAUUAACAGUAAACAUUAAACUCCAAAGGAAUAGAAACAUUUCAAAUGUCAUAUGGCUCUCGCUCUCCGUCCUCCUUUGCCCUGAGUGCUCUCCUGAAACGAUCCUAUUCCUCCAGCGCAGAAACAGAAACAGACUAGCCCAGUUCGGCUCUAUCUGGGUCUGUCUGGCAUAUAGAACCACUGUUCCAUGAAUCCGGUGUAGUGAAACAGAAUGUUUUGUGGGGCCUCUGUAGACCCUGUCCUACGUCUCAGAACUAGGACUGCAUCAAAGGGAAGGGUGGCAGCUGAGACACACACUGCAGAUGUUAUCAGCCGGGGGAAGGUUUACUUAGUGGGAGCCGCUAGUUGGAGGAUUCUGAGGAACGUACAGUAUCUGGUGUGUGUAUGUUAUGGGUGUGUGUGGGUCUGGGGGAAAGGAGGAGCGAUUGGCUGGGUGAGGGGAUGAAGGCAGGCUGCAGGCAGAGGGGAGCUGGGAACUGCGAGGGAGGGAGUCAGUCUGGGUUGGGUUUGGUAGGAUAGGAGGGGGCUGCCUGGCUAGCUGGCUGUGUGGUUUCGCUUGGAGAAAAGGAAGUGUGUUUUUUUUUCUGUUGAGAGAGGGAUGUAGGCUGUUUGGGAGAGGAGAAGGGGAGAACAGCUCUUGUAUCUGAGUGCCUCUGGUAGGUGUGUGUGUGUGUGUGUGUGGUAGGGGAAUAUUGUCCAUGUCUUUCCAGAUUAGGGCUGAUGUGACGGAUUGAACCCCUACCAUCGCACCACAAUCAUUAACCAGCGAAAGAAUCCUGUCCCCAUAGCAACCCCUGCAGCUCUGCCAAGCGCACAGGGCCAAGCUGAAAAGCGAGAGGAGGAGGAGGAGGUAGGGUGGGAAGGGUGUGUCUGUGUGUGUGUGUGUGUGUGUGUGUGUGUGUGUGUGUGAGGGAUUUCCAUGGAAAAGGGGCCUUUGGAAAUAUCUACCAGAAAAAGUCUUAAAAGGAAUUAGAAAUGCUUUAAAACACUAAUGUUGAAGUUAAGAUCCCUGCCAACUAAUAACAUCUUUAAGAUAUUUUCUAAUUUCUCUCGCUAAUGAGGAGGAAGGAUAAUGAAAGUUCACAGAAUUAACAAGUAAAGGUAGACCUAUCAAUUAGUUAUAGUGUUUUAUCGAUAUCCAUUUUGUUUAUGAAUUAUUAAGUAAUUAAAAUGAUUUUACCAAAUUGUACAGUACAUAACCGUAGAGUUCAGUACAGUAGAGCAUCAUUCAGUUCAGUACAGCAGAGUACAAUAGAGUACAGUAACGGAAAAAUCGCAAAAUCGGGUAACGGAAUUUCUGCAAUUGAAGUUGUCACAAACCACAGUUGAUUUCACAAGUUUGUACAGUACAGUAAAGUACAUUACAGCACAGUAGAGUACAGUAAAUAAAAGAUAAUUACCGUACAGAAGAGUACAGUAGAGAAAAGUAGAGUAUAGUAUAGUACACAGAGCACACUAGAGUUGAGUACUCCAUAAUGUACUGUGGUGUACAGUAUUGUAAUGAACUCUACUGUACUCUAUUGUACUCUGCUGUACUGAACUGAAUGAUACUCUACUGUACUGUACUGAACUCUACUCUACUGCUAUGUACUGUACUCCACUGAGCUCUACUGUGCUGUACUUUGAUGUCCAAACUUGUGAAACAUAGACAUCUAUGAUUGGUUCAGAUUUGGUCCGGUCCGGACCAACCAAAUUUGGUCUUGUUUGGGGGCAGAGCUCAUUACAAUAAUAGCCAGUGUGUAGAAUAAUACCCAAAUAUGCAAAGGAGGAUAUUGCAUAUUUAUACCUUUGUGUACCUAUUUACGAUACAUCACCAUGAAGACAAUGACAUUCAUAUCCAUAAUUAUAUAUUUUUUGUGUAGUACAGAUCAGGGACCCAUGAUGAAAUUCUGUUACCGCAAUUCCGUUACCUGGUGUAAAUCCACUUCAUUUACUGUAGUUCAACAACCAAAAUAUUUAUUUUUCAAAGGGAAUGUGUCAUGUCACAGCUGUACAGUGCAUUCGGAAGGUAUUCAGACCCCUUCCCUUUUUCCACAUUUUGUUACGUUACAGCCUUAUUCUAAAAUUGAUUAAAUGCAUUUUAUUCCUCAUCAAUCUACACACCAUUCCCCAUAAUGACAAAGUGAAAAACAGAAAUACCUUAUUUACAUAAGUAUUCAGACCCUUUGCUAUGAGACUCGAAAUUGAGCUCCAGUGCUUCCUGUUUCCAUUGAUCAUACUUGGAGUCCACAUGUGGUAAAUUCAAUUAAUUGGACAUAAUUUGGAAAGGCACACACGUCUAAGGUCACACAGCUGACAGUGCAUGUUAGAGAAAGAACCAAGCAAUGAGGUCGAAGGAAUUGUCCAUAGAGCUCCGAGACAGGAUUAUGUCGAGGCACAGAUCUGGGGAAAGGUACCAAAAAAUGUCUGCAGCAUUGAAGGUCCCCAAGAACACAGUGGCCUCCAUCAUUCUUAAAUGGAAGAAGUUUGGAACCACCAAGACUCUUCCUAGAGCUGGCCACCCAGCCAAACUGAGCAAUCGGGGGAGAAGGGCCUUGGUCAGGGAGGUGUCCAAGAACCCAAUGGUCACUCUGAAAGAGCUCCAGAGUUCCUCUGUGGAGAUGGGAGAACCUUCCAGAAAGACAACCAUCACUACAGCACUCCACCAAUCAGGCCUUUAUUGUAGAGUGGCCAGACGGAAGCCACUCCUCAGUAAAAGGCACAUGACAGCUCGCUUGGAGUUUGCCAAAAGGCACCUAAAGACUCUCAGACCAUGAGAAACAAGAUUAUCUGGUCUGAUGAAACCAAGAUUGAACUCUUUGGCCUGAAUGCCAAGCGUCACGUCUGGAGGGAACCUGGCACCAUCCCUACGGUGAAGCAUGGUGGCAGCAUCAUGCUGUGGGGAUGUUUUUCAGCGGCAGGGACUGGGAGACUAGUCAGGAUCGAGGGAAAGAUGAACGGCGCAAAAUACAGAGCGAUCCUUGAUGAAAACUUGCUCCAGAGCGCUCAGGACCUCAGACUGGGGCGAAGGUUCACUAUCCAACAGGACAACAACCCUAAGCACACAGCCAACACAACGCAAGAGUGGCUUCGGGACAAGCCUCUGGAUGUCCUUGAGUGGCCCAGCCAGAGGCCGGACUUGAACCCGAUCUAACAUCUCUGGAGAGACCUGAAACUAGCUGUGCAGCGACGCUCCCCAUCUUACCUGAUGGAGCUUGAGAGGAUCUGCGGAGAAGAAUGGGAGAAACUCCCCAAAUACAGGUGUGCCAAGCUUGUAGCGUCAUACCCAAGAAGACUUGAGUCUGUAAUUGCUGCCAAAGGUGCUUCAACAAGGUGCUGGUUUUGCUUGGUCAUUAUGGGGCAUUGUGUGUAGAUUGAUACAUUUAUGUUAAAUAGUGAACCUGGCCUACCUCUUUCAGUCUGCAGUACAGAUGAGCUCUCUUUUGCAGUCACUAGGCCAAACUCCUUCCUUGCUGUGUCUAAUGUGGUGUCAAUCAGCCAUAAAUUGCAUCCCAAAUGGCACCCUAUUCCCUAUUCCUAUUUAUUUAACUAAGCAAGUCAGUUAAGAACAAAUUCUUAUUUACAAUGACGGCCUACACCGGCCAAACCCGGACGACGCUGGGCCAAUUGUGCGCCGCCCUAUGGGACUCCCAAUCACGGCCGGUUGUGAUACAGGCUGAAAUCGAACCAGGGGGUCUGUAGUGACGCCUCAAGCACUGAGAUGCAGUGCCUUAGACCGCUGCGCCACUCGGGAGCCUGAUAUAGUUCACUACUUUCAACCAGAACCCUAUGGGCACUACAUAGGGAAAAGGGUGCCAUUUCGGAUACAAACUGGCUGUGGGACUGUCUUCUGGGUGUUGAGAGAGAAAACAUCCCCCUAGAUAAACAUUGCUACCAGGGAACAAGCUAUUUUAUAGUUCUGAGAACCGUUUGCCUCUCUCUCUCUCUCUCUCUCUCUUUCCCUCUCUCCUUCUCUCUCUCUCCUUCUCUCUCUCUUUCUCUUUCUGAGUGUGCGGGUGAGUCGGUUAGGAACAGUUUGGGAGGCAGGCAGGCAGAUUGGAAUUCAAACUCCAAUUUAUUGGAUGCGAAUGUCCACUUCAAAUGGAUCCCAAUCCCAGUUAGUGUUUUAUUUGGGGUGGGCAUGUGUGCGUUUCUGUCUAUGUGGACAAGAGUGUACUGUGCACAGUGUGCAGUGCCUCUUUAGGGCGUGUCGGAAGUGGUGGCCAGCCUUGCGUCAGCAGGGUGUAGUAAGAUAAGACCCAGCCUCUCCACUCCUCUCCUCCCUUCUCCUCUCCUGCUGUGAGCUUCAUUGCCAACCAGAAGGGAGACACUCCCAGGCGUUUGUGUGUGUGUGUGUGUGUGUGUACACAGACUCCUCUGUUUUUUUGACUAAGCCUGCUAAAGCCUUAAAGCAAUUAAAUAGUAGUGUUUGUGUCUCUCUUUUGGUAUCUGUGUGACAAAGUCAAUAAAUGCCUUUUUGAGGGUACAGAGAAAGAACACACUUGUUGGUGUUCACAACGCCCUCUGAUAAAGUACUAUAUACUUUUAUUUAGUUCCCCUUUAAACCACAACGUUUCUCUCCCUUCCCACUUUCCUUUAUCUCUCCCUCUUCCUCAUAGACAAAAACACAAUAACAGGUCAGACAGUGUGACAACAUGUUGCAUAACCCAAAGCAGUUCAACUUUGACCCCAGCCUGUCAGUGAACACCACUCCUUAGCUUCUCUGCUCCUCCUCAUCCUGGGAGAGAGGUGGAUAGUAACCCAGUCUUAACCCCUGACUUAAGCCUUAGCCUACCUCAGUACCCAGCUUCAUUCUCAGUUUCAGAACCUAUCCUAAGCCCCAGCCCUAGCCCUAUACCCCAGCUCCAGCACCAAGUUUCAGCUUUAGCCCCAAAUACCAAGCUUCUUCCUCAGGCCUCAGCUCUCCAGGUAGGUUUCAGGGGGGUGAAUGGAAGAUAUGUAAGGAGCACCCAGGCUGGGUUAGAGCUCUCAGGCACUGCCUUUACCUUUUUUAAGGGAAACUGCACCCGCUGAUUUGGCCUAGUUUUUUGUCUUGCUCCUCAAGAAAAGUUGCCGGCCAUGACAGAAGCCAAAUGUGAGUUGGCUUUGGGGUGUGUGGUUUGAUGUGGGUGUUUCUUGAGUGUGUCCUUGCCACCACCAAGACACUUCCAUCUGUCAGAACCUUGCUGCAGCUGUUUCCCCCCACUCAAUCACAACAAACAAACCUCCUGCAGGUUGAGUUCAAAAUCUACAGGCAGAUGUACAGCGCCUUCUGAAAGUUUUCACACUUCACCCUUUACUUUUUCCACAUUUUGUUGUGUUACAGCCUGAAAUUAAAAUGGAUUAAAUAGAGAUUUUUGUCACUGGCCUACACACAAUACCCCAUAAUGCCAAAGUGAAAAUCAAUUUCAUCCAUUUUGAAUUCAUGCUGUAAUGCAACAAUGUAGAAUAAGUCAAGGGGUAUGAAUACUUUCUGAAGGCACUGUAUGGUGAGAUGCCAGAGGAAGCUUUUAUUUAUUCAGGGAAAACCCAUUGAGAUCAGGGUCUUAUUCACAAGGGUGCCAUGAUCACAGCAACACAACAAUCAAACACAAUAUGAAACAAAACAGCAAUCAAAUAACCGCAAAUGACCUUUGAAUAGGUCAGUAGCCUACAGAGUAAUAUGAGAAGAAUGCAAUUGCUGAAUUUAUGUAGAUAUUCUAAAACUGUGUUUUGAUAACUUUCAAAUGUAGUAACAGGUCCAUGUAGAAUUUAAAGACCCUUUACAUAAUACCAUUGAAGCAGUGUUCUGAUAAUAUAACAAUGUUCACCUUUUCAUCUUUCAUUGUCAAUCCCAGCCGAUACCGAUACUGUGCCUAUCAGCAUUUUGUGUGGUGGUAAUGUUGCUACCUUGGCAAACGUGUCAGAGUGGUCAUACCUUCCUGUGUGGUGUCCUGUAUACAACAGGAGUUCCCUGAUCCUGGUGCAGAAUACACAGGGUUUCUCCCUCCCCAUAUUGACUGAUAACAUUCAAUUGAAUAAUAAAAAAGAUAAUAAAAGUAAAAUGUUAAUGCCGAGUGCCAGGUCAUUCUCCAUUUAGAGACAUCAGUAUCAAGUCCGUCUGUGAGUCUGGACUUCAUCACAUCUUGCAAGUCUCCAUGUGCUGGCUCCACACAUGUUUCUGUGAACACAUACACACAUAGUCGCUGUUCUAUUACCAAUGGCAGUUAGGAUAGGUAAUAUCUGACACACAAACAGGUACUAAUGUUGAAGUUUGAACACGUCAGACUGAACCUACCUAAUUCUGGUCUCCACAUCAAACAACUGAGGCUGCUGUCUGGCAAAAUAAUCACCAGCACUGGAGGUUGGUGGUGUCUUAAUUGGGGAGAACGGGCUCGUGGUAAUGAUUGGAGCGGAAUCUGUGGAAUGGUAUCAAAUACGUCAAACAAAUGGUUUCCAGGUGUUUUGAUGCCAUUCCUUUUGCUCCGUUCCGGCCAUUAUUAUGAGCCAUUCUCCCCCCAGCAGCCUCCACUGACUCCAGUCCAUCUGUAGAAAUACUGUAGGCAGAGUUGAGGCGGAGUUCAUCAGUGACACAUGGAAUGAAAAGGUGUUGCUAUUACCUGACAUUUGUGCUUACUGUAUUAUUAGCAAUCACCUCAUUGUGGAUGUGUUGAGUGCAGAUUCUCUCUGCAUCUCAUGCAUUUGUGAACACAUACACACAGUCACUAUUCUAUUACCAAUGGCAGUUAGGGAUUGGUGAUAUCUGACACACAAACAGGUACUAUGUUGAAGUUUGAACAGGUCAGACUAAACCUACCUAAUUCUGUUCUCCCCAUCAACGACCGUUGGCGAGCAGGCAAGAGGUGAGGUCUUUGCCAGAGCCCCAUUGAUGGGCAUAGCAGCGUAGAUCAGCUCCUGGCCCUCAACAAAGAUACUGUCUGUCACACACACACAGCACUGAUGACAUUAUCAAUGGUGGUUAUGAUUAGCCUGGCGGAACCAACCUGUGUUCACCUUUCUGUUUCACUUCAGAUAUUAUAAAAUGUGAAGUGAAAUAGAAUGGUGAACCCAGCGAUCAGGCUGGUUCCACCAGGCUAGGUUAUGCCCUGGACAUUAUAUGCAUCUAUGAAAUAGAAAAUAAGCAACAAAUAAUGGCAGUUUACAUAAAUUACAUAAAUGAAGUGGGUUACAUUCUGUACUGUGAAAGCUGUUGCCGCUGACAGGUGAAGAUUGCUGGCCGGAUACUUACCAUAAUGUGGCUGACUGCUCCAUUCAUAGCUCCAUUCAUGAUGCUGAUGAGGGCCCCCUUGCUGGUCUUCUCUAUGCUACAUGUUCGGCUGCAAACUGGACAUCGCUUGAACUGCAGCAGGCAAUCUUAUGAGGUGGUGUUGACUGGGAGGGCCUGUGACAGUGUUAUAUAAUAGACAGCCAAGUGGUAAGUUGCAUUUUGUUGUAAAGAAAGGACAAAGCUUUUUGCUAGUGCACUCUACUAGUUGUAUCUGCUUGGCUGGGGAAUUAGCCUACUAGUUUAUUAUGCCAGGGAUUUUUCAAUACAACUUAACACAUAACACACAUUACCUGUCGUUGUUGAUAAAGCCGUCUGUGUCAUCAGGGUAGUAACUCGGUUCGCUAUCAGAGGCCUCAUGAUGGCGUGUCCUUUUCAUAGGUGUCGAGGGAGACUGGCAACAACGGAGAAGGUGUCUCAAGGGUACUUGUGUCGCAUGACACACUUUUAUUCUGAGGUCUUGCCUGUCAAGCUGUGGAAAUAGCAAGUGAACAGUGAAUGAAAUUAAUUUUUGGAGGUCCCUAAACCAUUGCAAUCACAUUGCUGGACAGGUUAUGAUACCCACCUUUGCUCCUUCUGGUAAGUCCCGGCAUCCAUUCAUGACAAGGGAAUCAGUCUGGCACCCAACUGGGCACUUUGUCUAAAAGUAAAACAGGGUCAACGAUUGUCAUCAUCCCUCAAUUAUAAACACUGCUCGAGAAAAUAACGUAAUCUCGUUUGGAAGCUAAUUCUAUGCUUUACAGAUGUUGACUGACUGGCUUCAGAUUGGAUUAGAUUCAGGGCGGUGACGCCAUUACACUAUGCAACCAACUGUGACAUGUUUUGCUAUGGUCCUGGGUUGGUUUUGAGUUCGUUGCUGCUAGUUAGUACACUGUUGUAGUCAGACAUGAGUUAGCUAGUACCACCAUAGCUGCAUCUAAUAUUUAUUUGUGCCCUAGACAUGGGUUGCACCUCGGAGACUAUUGUGACUGUUUAGUCUAAAUUACACCAAUUUAGAGUGCCAUGGAAAUACGAUGACAUUGGUAAAGUAGGCAAAUAAUUAGUAGGAAACAACUUUGCCUUAUUAUGAUGUUGUAAAAUUAACUUUAGAGAGAUGGCAAUGUUGCAAUUACUGUAACUAGCAAAGUUAGUCAAAAAUAGCUAGCAAUGCUAAUGUUAGCAAGGUCAAAUACAGUGGUCCCCUCAAUCUUAGUUAUCUGGCUGAAGUUAUACUGCAUCUAAAGUCAAUCUGGCGACAUCACAAUCAUGCCAAAAGGUUUUACUGCUAAUUAUUUGCUGUCUUUUGAAAUGUUAUCGUGUUUCCAAGCCAAAUCCGAGUUGUAUUGAGGUAGGCUAACGUUAGCCAGCGAUCUAAUUAGGUAGGACAAAAUCCAACCACCGAUUCCGCAAGAUAGGGACCUUCGGCAGGGCAUGCAAACCAUAUUUGGUCAAUCCGUAUAGCUAGGGCUUUUCAGUCUCAAACAGCCGUGACUUUUGAAUGCGCUGGGGGCAAUGAAACAAUUCAAAGAAGGGAAGCGAAGUGGGUGGAGGGGUGAUUUGCACAUGGAGCUUUUCAAAAGGGGGCAUGAUUUGUUGACAUAAUUGUAUAAUCUAAACCCAACCUUCAUUUACUCGUUGUGACGCACUGAGGUUCCAAACUCCGUUUUACACGCGACUGACUUCAUGACCAAAAUGAUCAAUUUUACACUUUGUAGGCAAUUUUGACACUAGAAUAAACGUUUCUGUAUCAUAUCGAUACCACAUAGGCCGUUUUUAAAAGGGAUUAGUUGGUUUUAGGGGCAGUCGCUCUUUAAGAACCACUGCCAAAGCCAGGCAAAGCCAGGGGGACAGAGUGAGAGAGAGAGAGGGGAACAGCGAGGGUGGGAGCGGGAGAGGGAGUGACGGAGGGAGGCAGAGAGGAGGAUACACAUGUAAGGUCACAGCUGUGUGAGGUUGGCUUGAGGGGUGGGGAUGGGGGAGCAGAGAGGGAGAGAGAGAGAAAGAAGCUAGUGACACACAGCGGAGGAGGCAGUCAGUGACGCAGUGGUGCUCUCUUUCUGUCCUGUCCCCUUGCUCUCUCCUUCUUGCUGCCCAGACAGUCUCUCGCUCUCUGUGUGUGUGUGUGUGAGAGAGAGUGCAGUGGAACUCCCACCCACCACCCUCUCUCUCUCUCUCUCUCUCUCUCUCUCGCUCUGUGCCAGUGCAGUGGAACGCUCUCUUUCUUUCCCUCUCUCUCUCCCCUUCUGUCUCUCUGUGUGUUAGUGCCAUAUGCAGGACAGGGGCAGGGAGGGAACAAGGGAGGGAUGGCGUUGGCUGGUACAGAACACUAUGUGCCCCAGGGCACGGCAACAAGCUUCAGGGAUAGGCUGCCCUUACAACACACACACUGCCCUGACAUACAAAAUGAAAAUGUAGAUGGUGCCUUCAGAAAGUAUUCAUACCCCUUGACUUAUUCCACAUUUUGUUGUUACAGCCUGAAUUCAAAAUGGAUUACAUUCUUUUUUUUCUCUCACCCAUCUACACACUAUACCCCGUAAUGACAAAGUGAAAACAUGUUUUUAUAAAUUAUCUGCACAUCUAUAAAAAAUGAAAUGCAGAAAUAUCUCAUUUGCAUAAGUAUUCACACCUCUGAGUCAAUACAUGUUAGAAUUAACUUUGGCACCGAUUACAGCUGUGAGUCUUUCUGGGUAAGUCUCCUAAGAGCUUUGCACACCUGGAUUGUAAAAUAUUUGCACAUUAUUAUUUAAAAAAAUGUUCAAGCUCUGUCAAAUUGAUUAUUGCUCAUUGCUAGAAAGCCAUUUUCAAGUCUUGCCAUAUAUUUUCGAGACGAUUUAAGUCAAAACUGUAACUAGGCCACUCAGGAACAUUCAGUGUCGUCUUUGUAAGCAACUCCAGUGUAUAUUUGGCCUUCUGUUUUAGGUUAAUUUCCGGAUGAAAGGUGAAUUUGUCUCCCAUUGUCUGUUGGAAAGCAGACUAAACCAUGUUUUCCUUGGGGAUUUUGCCUGUGCUUAGCUCUAUUCCGUUUACAAAAACCCUUGUCCUUGCCAAUGACAAGCACACCCAUAACAUGAUGCAGACACCACCAUGCUUGAAGAGUGGUACUCAGUGAUGUGUUGAAUUUGCCCCAAACAUAAUGCUUUGUAUUCAGGACAUAAAGUUCAUUUCUUUGCGUUUGCAGUUUUACUUUAGUGCCUUGUUGCAAACAGAUGCAUGUUUUGUAAUAUUUUAUUCUGUACAGGCUUCCUUCUUUUCACUCUGUCAUUUAGGUUAGUGUUGUGGAGUAACUACAAUGUUGUUGAUCCAUCCUCAGUGUUCUCCUAUCACAGCCAUUCAACUCUCUGUUUUAAUGUCACCAUUGGCCUCUUGGUGAAGUCCCUUAGCAGUUUCUGUCCUCUCUCGGCAACUGGGUUAGAAAGGACGCCUCUAUCUUUAUAGUGACUGGUGUAUUGAUACACCUUCCACAGUGUAAUUAAUAACUUCACCAUGCUCAAAGGGAUAUUCAAUGUCUGCUUUUUUAUGUUUUAUUUUGUAUCUAUCAAUAUGUGCCCUUUUUUGCGAGGCAUUCGAAAACUUCCCUGGUCUUGGUGGUUGAAUCUGUGUUUGAAAUUCACUCCUCGACUGAGGGACCUUACAGGUAAUUGUAUGUGUGGGGUACAGAGAUGAGGAAAUCAUUCAGAAAUUAUGUUAAACACUAUUACUGCACACAUACUGAGUCCAUGCAACUUAUUAUGUGACUUGUUAAGCACAUUUUUACUUCCAGAACUUACAGUUGAAGUCGGAAGUUUACAUACACCUUAGCCAAAUACAUUUAAACAGUUUUUCACAAUUCAUGACAUUUAAUCCUAGUAAAAAUUCCCUGUUUUAGGUCAGUUAGGAUCACCACUUUAUUUUAAGAAUGUGAAAUGUCAGAAUAAUAGAAGAGAGAAUGAUUUAUUUAAGCUUUCAUCACAUUCCCAGUGGGUCAGAAGUUUACAUACACUCAAUUAGUAUUUUGUAGCAUUGCCUUUAAAUUGUUUAACUUGGGUCAAAUGUUCCGGGUAGCCUUCCACAAGCUUCCCACAAUAAGUUGGGUGGAUUUUGGCCCAUUCCUCCUGACAGAGCUGGUGUAACUGAGUCAGGUUUGUAGGCCUCCUUGCUCGCACACACUUUUUCAGUUCUGCCCACACAUUUUCUAUAGGAUUGAGGUCAGGGCUUUGUGAUGGCCACUCCAAUAACUUGACUAUGUUGUCCUUAAGCCAUUUUGCCACAACUUUGGAAGUAUGCUUGGGGUCAUUGUCCAUUUGGAAAACGCAUUUGCGGCCAUGCUUUAACUUCCUGACGGAUGUCUUGAGAUGUUGCUUCAAUAUAUCCACAUCAUUUUCCUUCCUCAUGAUGCCAUCUAUUUUGUGAAGUGCACCAGUCCCUCCUGCAGCAAAGCACCCCCACAGCAUGAUGCUGCCACCCCCGCGCUUCACGGUUGGGAUGGUGUUCUUCGGCUUGCAAGCACCCCCCUUUUUCCUACAAACAUAACGAUGAUCAUUAUGGCCAAACAGUUAUUUUUUUUGUUUCAGCAGACCAGAGGACAUUUCUCCAAAAUGUACGAUCUUUGUCCCCAUGUGCAGUUGCAAACCGUAGUCUGGCUUUUUUUAUGGCGGUUUUGGAGCAGUGGCUUCUUCCUUGCUGAGCGGCCUUUCAGGUUAUGUCGAUAUAGGACUCGUUUUACUGUGGAUAUAGAUACUUUUGUACCUGUUUCCUCCAGCAUCUACACAGGGUCCUUUGCUGUUGUUCUGGGAUUGAUUUGCACUUUUCACACCAAAGUACGUUCAUCUCUUGGAGACAGAACGCGUCUCCUUCCUGAGCGGUAUGACGGCUGCUAUAUAUAUUUUUUAUAUUUGAGAUUCUUCAAAUAGCCACCCUUUGCCUUGAUGACAGGUUUGCACACUCUUGGCAUUCUCUCAACCAGCUUCACCUGGAAUGCUUUUCCAACAGAAGGAGUUCCCACAUAUGCGGAGCACUUGUUGGCUGCUUUUCCUUCACUCUGCGGUCCGACUCAUCCAAAACCAUCUCAAUUUGGUUGAGGUCGAGGGAUUGUGGAGGCCAGGUCAUCUGGUGCAGCACUCCAUCACUCUCCUUCUUGGUAAAAUAGCCCUUACACAGCCUGGAGGUGUGUUUUGGAUCAUUGUCCUGUUGAAAAACAAAUUAUAGUCCCACUAAUCCCAUUCCAGAUGGGAUGGCGUAUCGCUGCAGAAUGCUGUGGUAGCCAUGCUGGUUAAGUGUGCCUUGAAUUCUAAAUAAAUCCCAGACAGUGUCACCAGUAAAGCACCCCCACACCAUAUCACCUCCUCCUCCAUGCUUUACGGUGGGAACCACACAUGUGGAGAUCAUCCGUUCACCCACACCGCGUCUCACAAAGACAAGGCGGUUGGAAGCAAAAAUCUCUAGUUUGGACUCCAGACCAAAGGACAGAUUUCCACCGGUCUAAUGUCCAUUGCUCGUGUUUCUUGGCCCAAGCAAGUCUCUUCUUAUUGGUGUCCUUUAGUAGUGGUUUCUUUGAAGCAAUUCGACCAUGAAGGCCUGAUUCACACAGUCUCCUCUGAACAGUUGAUGUUGAGAUGUGUCUGUUACUUGAACUAUGUGAAGCAUUUAUUUGGGCUGCAAUUUCUAAAACGGGUAACUCUAAUGAACUUAUCCUCUGCAGUAGAGGUAACUCUGGGUCUUCCAUUCCUGUGGCGGUCCUCAUUAGAGCCAGUUUCAUCAUAGCACUUGAUGGUUUUUGCGAAAUGUUCCGUAUUGACUGACCUUCAUGUCUUAAAGUAAUGAUGAACUGUCGUUUCUCUUUGCUUAUUUGAGCUGUUCUUGACAUAAAAUGGGCUUGGUCUUUACCAAAUAGUGCUAUCUUCUGUAUACCCCCCCAACCUUGUCACAACACAACUGAUUGGCUCAAACACAUUAAGAAGGAAAGAGAUUCCACAAAUUAACUUUUAAGAAGGCACACCUGUUAAUUGAAAUGCAUUCCAGGUGACUACCUCAUGAAGCUGGUUGAGAGAAUGCCAAGAGUGUGCACAGCUGUCAUCAAGGCAAAGGUUGGCUAUUUGAAGAAUCACAAAUAUAAAAUAUAUUUGGAUUUGUUUAACACUUUUUUGGUUACUACAUGAUUCCAUAUGUUUUGAUGUCUUCACUAUUAUUCUACAAUGUAAAAAAUUGUAAAAAUAAAGAAAAACCUUGAAUGAGUAGGUGUUCUAAAACUUUUGACCGGUAGUGUAAAUGGGCAUGCAGACACACACCCACACAGACACACUCAUGUUAAACACUACAUGCACACACAGAUACAGAGACACAUGAUCCUCAGUAAACAGAUGACGGUUUAACACGCUCAAACACACACACACACUUCUAUAUUAAACAAAAAUAGAAACACAACAUAGAACAUUUUCAAAGAUUUUACUGAGUUACAGUUCAUAUAAGAAAUCCGUCAAUUGAAAUAAAUUAAUUAGACCCUAAUCUAUGGAUUUCACAUGACUGGGAUUACAGAUAUGCAUCUGUUGGUCACAGAUACCUUAAAGAAAAGGUAGGGGCGUGGAUCGGAGAACCAGUCAAUAUCUGGUAUGACCACCAUUUGCCUCAUGCAACGCGACACAUCUCCUUCGCAUAGAGUUGAUCAGGCUGUUGAUUGUGGCCUGUGGAAUGUUGUCCCACUCCUCUUCAAUGGCUGUGCAAAGUUGCUGGAUAUUGGUGGGAACUGGAACACGCUCUCGUACACGUCGAUCCAGAGCAUCCCAAACAUGCUCAAUGGGUGACAUGUCUGGUGAAUAUGCAGGCCAUGGAAGAACUGGGAAAUGUUCAGCUUCCAGGAAUUGUGUACAGAUCCUUGCGACAUGGGGCCGUGCAUUAUCAUGCUGAAACUUGAGAUGAUGGCAGCGGAUGAAUGGCACGACAAUGGGCCUCAGGAUCUCGUCACGGUAUUUCUGUGCAUUCAAAUUGCCAUUGAUAAAAUGCAAUUGUGUUCGUUGUCCAUAGCUAAUGCCUGCCCUUACCAUAACCCCAUCGCCACCAUGGGGCACUCUCUUCACAACGUUGACAUCAACAAACCGCUCACCCACACGACACUAUACAAGUGGUCUGCGGUUGUGAGGCCGGUUGGACGUACUGCCAAAUUUUCUAAAACGACUAUGCUUAUGGUAGAGAAAUGUACAUUCCAUUUUCUGGCAACAGCUCCGGUGGACAUUCCUGCAGUCAGCAUGACAAUUGCACGCUCCCUCAACUUGAGACAUCUGUGGCAUUGUGUUGUUGACAAAACUUCACAUUUUAGAGUGGCCUUUUAUUGUCCCCAGCACAAGGUGCACCUGUGUAAUGAUCAUGCUGUUUAAUUAGCCAUGGCUGGAACAUGGACAUGGGCUGGGACUAGGGCAGGGGCUGGCUGGAGCAAUAGGUAGGAGGCUGAUGCAAUUGGUAGGGGGCUGGCUGAGUCUGGGGCAAUGUGUAGCGUUUGGCUGGGUAGGGGCUGGCUGGGCUGGGGCAAUUGGUAGUUGGCUGGGGGAGUUGAUACAUAUAGUACAGGGUGGUGGAUAGAGGGGGAUCUGGGGAGGUCCAUAUUAUCCAUAGGAAGAGAGGGAGGGCUCAGACACAGCAAUACUGGUUGCUAGAGUACUUAGCACCUCAAUGUAAUUUGUAAACAGAGUGCGCACCGAUUUUUACAUGUAGAAUUGCGUGAAAAAUACCAGCAGUCAGACGUCCUACAGCGUGUGGUCCCUGAAACACAGCAUGCUGAAUGACCGGCAGACAAACGCUAAGUCCACAUUUGGUGCGAUGUGUGUGAGCCUGUACAGUCAGUCUAAAAGAUGUUGUUAGGAAGCCUAAGUAAUAAGCCUGCACGCAUCAAACACACACACACACGUGACACCAGUAGAGGCUGUUGAAGGGAGGAUGGCUCAUGAUAAUGGCUGGAACGGAGCCUAUGGAAUGGCGUCAAACACAUGGAAACCAUGUGUUUGAUGUAUUUGAUACCAUUCCACUGAUUCCGCUCCAGCCAUUAUCACAAGCCCGUCCUCCCCAAUUAAGGUGCCACCAACCUCCUGUGCGUGACACCAAGUUCAGAUGAUCUGAUGUGAUCGCAUCUGUUUGUAGGUGUGUGCGUACUUGCGUACUUGCGUGCGUGCGUAUGUCCUCUCUGUCCUCUCUCCAGUCACACCCCUCCCCCCUUGACGCAGAGUUAUAGAGUGGAUGCUUUGUUGCCCCACCCCACCUCCCCCCUGCCCCACCCCUUCUCUCCCUCACUCCUUCCCUCCCCCCUUCCCCACCCCCCAUGUCAAGCCUCCUGUUACUGAGGCUGCACACCUCGCCGCCCUUCCUUCUGACCCCGCCCCUACUCCACCCCUCUAGAGUGAGAGGGAGAGAGAGAGAGAACAGAGAGGUCUUGAGCUCAUGGGCUCCUGACUUUUUCAUUAAAAAAAAGAAAUAUUUAUUUUUUUGCAAGGACUUAUACAGGAUACUACCCUCUACAACAACCUUCACCCCAAAUCAAAAUUCCAAACCUAAAACCUUUAUUUUUGACAGAAUUAACUGGAAGGAUUCUUACUACCAAGGACUAUCCAGAAAAUAUGUCUAGCAAACCAAAUCCUGCAGAACAAGCACAGCAGAGACCUGGAAAUACCAUCCAACCCAAAACGGAGAUAGUAAUGUUCAGUCUGAAGCUACUUCUGAAGCCAAAAUGUAAAAGACAUUACAAUAAUCUGUAGAUACUGUAUUUUGUUAUAUAAAGACUUAAAUUAAGGCUACCAAUCUACCAAGCUUGCUUGGACAGGACAGAUGUCCUGGCUGCAACUACAAUUUGCACCGAGGUGUGAAAGCCCUUGAACCCGACAAUAGUAGCAGAGAAUCACAGCCACCUAAAUUCAGAGGCCUCUGAGGCCCCCUGAUCCAUGGCUUUCCACUGUGCAGAGGUCAUCACAGUACAGUACCCAUUGGAUAUAAAAAAAUAACACUGCCCGGAAUAAGUACAAAAAAUAAGCUCCUCAAGGACAAGCCAGAGACACUAUUUGCUGACUGUUACAAAGAUGGGAACAUAAGCAACUUCAUUUUCCACACAGACCAUCCCAUGGCAUGGCACAGUGAUAUAAGAACACACUACCCAUCUGUCAAGAGCGGGUGGAAGGGGGGGUAGCUCAGGGUGGAAUACUAGACAUUGAGGACCCUGGAACAGAAGUGGUACAGGGCAACCUCAAACACUUUUGAGGGAUCAAAGAGAGGGCAUAGCAGAUACAGACCCAUAAAACAGACCAGCACAACAACCCGGAGGGCUGAAGGGGGAGAUAGACGGCUGUCUGGGAAGAGCUGGCUGCACUCUGGACUGAGGUGAGAGAACGCAGGAGAGAGAGGAACAUAUGGCCCAGCAACAACACUGAAGGAGGAGGUGAGAAAGCUGUGCGACAGAGAGCAGGCCACUUCCCCAGAGAAGCCAGCAGAACAGCCAACCUCACACCCGGACCACAGUUUCAACACCACAGUGGGACGUACAACACAGGACCCACCAACCCAGCAGACCCCAACCCCUCUUAUCGAAUCAAAAUGAAGUUUAUUGGUCGCGUACACUGAUUUGCAGAUGUUUUCACAGGUGCAGUGAAAUGUAUGUGUUUCUAGCUCCAACAGUGCAGUAAUACCUAGCAAUAAAAAUGUUUGUACCUAUGCACACAUAAUCCAGAAGAAAUACUAACAAAAUGUAAAUAAAAUUAAGAAAUAUCAGAACGAGCAAUGUCAGAGACAGGAAUAUAUAUAUAUAUAUAUAUACACUACCGUUCAAAAGUUUGGGGUCACUUGGAAAUGUCCUUGUUUUCGAAAGUAAAGCAAUUAUUUUGUCCAUUAAAAUAACAUCAAAUUGAUCAGAAAUACAGUGUGGACAUUGUUUAUGUUGUAAAUGGCUAUUGUAGCUGGAAACGGCUGAUUUUGUAAUGGAAUAUCUACAUAGGCGUACAGAGGCCCAUUAUCAGCAACCAUCAGUCCUGUGUUCCAAUGGCACGUUGUGUUUGCUAAUCCAAGUUUAUCAUUUGAAAAGGCUAAUUAAUCAUUAGAAAACCCUUUGCAAUUAUGUUAGCACAGCUGAAAACUGUUUUGCUGAUUAAAGAAGCAAUAAAACUGGCCUUCUUGAGACUAGUUGAGUAUCUGGAGCAUCAGCAAUUGUGAGUUCGAUUACAGGCUCAAAAUGGCCAGAAACAAAUAACUUUCUUCUGAAACUCAUCAGUCUAUUCUUGUUCUGAGAAAUGAAGGCUAUUCCAUGCGAGAAAUUGCCAAGAAACUGAAGAUCUCGUACAACGCCGUGUACUACUCCUUUCACAGAACAGCGCAAACUGGCUCUAACCAGAAUAGAAAGAGGAGUGGGAGGCCCCGGUGCACAACUGAGCAAGAGGACAAAAUACAUUAGUGUCUAGUUUGAGAAACAGACGUCUCACAGGUCAUCAACUGGCAGCUUCAUUAAAUAGUACCCUCAAAACACCAGUCUCAACGUCAACAGUGAAGAGGCGACUCUGGGAUGCUGACCUUCUAGGCAGAGUUACAAAGAAAAAGCCAUAUCUGACGGCCCAUCUUAAUCUUUUCUUUUUAUUGGCCAGUCUGAGAUAUGGCUUUUUCUUUGCUACUCUGCCUAGAAGGUCAGCAUCCCGGAGUCGCCUCUUCACUGUUGACGUUGAGACCCACAAUUGCUGAUGCUCCAGAUACUCAACUAGUCUCAAGAAGGGCAGUUUUAUUGCUUCUUUAAUCAGCACAACAGUUUUCAGCUGUGCUAAAAUAAUUCCAGAAGAUGAUGUCAUGGCUUUAGAAGCUUCUGAUAGGCUAAUUGACAUCAUUUGAGUCAAUUGGAGGUGUACCUGUGGAUGUAUUUCAAGGCCUACCUUCAAACUUAGUGCCUCUUUGCUUGACAUCAUGGGAAGACCUCAGAGAAAACAUUGUAGACCUCCACAAGUCUGGUUCAUCCUUGGGAGCAAUUUCCAAACGCCUGAAGAUACCACUUUCAUCUUUACAAACAAUAGUACGCAAGUAUAAACACCAUGGGACCACGCAGCCGUCAUACCGCUCAGGAAGGAGACGCGUUCUGUCUCCUAGAGAUGAACGUACUUUGGUGCGAAAAGUGCAAAUCAAUCCCAGAACAACAGCAAAGGACCUUGUGAAGAUGCUGGUGGAAAUGGGUACAAAAGUAUCUAUAUCCACAAUAAAACAAGUCCUAUAUCGACAUAACCUGAAAGGACGCUCAGCAAGGAAGAAGCCACUGCUCCAAAACUGCCAUAAAAAAGCCAGACUACGGUUUGCAACUGCACAUGGGGACAAAGAUCAUACACUGCUCAAAAAAGGGAACACUUAAACACUUAAACAACACUAUGUAACUCCAAGUCAAUCACACUUCUGUGAAAUCAAACUGUCCACUUAGGAAGCAACACUGAUUGACAAUACAUUUCACAUGUUGUUGUGCAAAUAUAAUAGACAACAGGUGGAAAUUAUAGGCAAUUAGCAAGACACCCCCAAUAAAGGAAUGGUUUUGCAUGUGGUGACCACAGACCACUUCUCAGUUCCUAUGCUUCCUGGCUGAUGUUUUGGUCACUUUUGAAUGCUGCCGGUGCUUUCACUCUAGUGGUAGCAUGAGACGGAGUCUACAACCCACACAAGUGGCUCAGGUAGUGCAGCUCAUCCAGGAUGGCACAUCAAUGCGAGCUGUGGCAAGAAGGUUUGCUGUGUCUGUCAGCGUAGUGUCCAGAGCAUGGAGGGUCUACCAGGAGACAGGCCAGUACAUCAGGAGACGUGGGGGAGGGCGUAGGAGGGCAACAACCCAGCAGCAGGACUGCUACCUCCGCCUUUGUGCAAGGAGGAACAGGCGGAGCACUGCCAGAGCCCUGCAAAAUGACCUCCAGCAGGCCACAAAUGUGCAUAUGUCUGCUCAAACGGUCAGAAACAGACUACAUGAGGGUGGUAUGAGGGCCCGACGUCCACAGGUGGGGGUUGUGCUUACAGCCCAACACCGUGCAGGACAUUUGGCAUUUGCCAGAGAACACCAAGAUUGGCAAAUUCGCCACUGGCGCCUUGUGCUCUUCACAGAUGAAAGCAGGUUCACACUGAGCACGUGACAGACGUGACAGAGUCUGGAGACACCGUGGAGAACGUUCUGCUGCCUGCAACAUCCUCCAGCAUGACCGGUUUGGCGGUGGGUCAGUCAUGGUGUGGGGUGGCAUUUCUUUGGGGGGCCGCACAGCCCUCCAUGUGCUCGCCAGAGGUAGCCUGACUGCCAUUAGGUACCGAGAUGAUGAGAUCCUCAGACCCCUUGUGAGACCAUAUGCUGGUGCGGUUGGCCCUGGGUUCCUCCUAAUGCAAGACAAUGCUAGACCUCAUGUGGCUGGAGUGUGUCAGCAGUUCCUGCAAGAGGAAGGCAUUGAUGCUAUGGACUGGCCCGCCCGUUCCCCAGACCUGAAUCCAAUUGAGCACAUCUGGGACAUCAUGUCUCGCUCCAUCCACCAAUGCCACGUUGCACCACAGACUGUCCAGGAGUUGGCGGAUGCUUUAGUCCAGGUCUGGGAGGAGAUCCCUCAGGAGACCAUCCGCCACCUCAUCAGAAGCAUGCCCAGGCGUUGUAGGGAGGUCAUACAGGCACGUGGAGGCCACACACUCACUACUGAGCCUCAUUUUUACUUGUUUUAAGGACAUUACAUCAAAGUUGGAUCAGCCUGUAGUGUGGUUUUCCACUUUAAUUUUGAGGGUGACUCCAAAUCCAGACCUCCAUGAGUUGAUAAAUUUGGAUUUCCAUUGAUAAUUUUUGUGUGAUUUUGUUGUCAGCACAUUCAACUAUGUAAAGAAAAAAGUAUUUAAUACGAUUAUUUCAUUCAUUCAGAUCUAGGAUGUGUUAUUUUAGUGUUCCCUUUAUUUUUUUGAGCAGUGUACUUUUUGGAGAAAUGUCCUCUGGUUUGAUGAAACAAAAAUAGAACUGUUUGCCCAUAAUGACCAUCGUUAUGUUUGGAGGAAAAGGGGGAAGCUUGCAGGCCGAAGAACACCAUCCCAACCGUGAAGCACGGUGGUGGCAGCAUCAUGCUGUUGCGGUGCACUUCACAAAAUAGAUGGCAUCAUGAGGAAGGAAAAUGAUGUGGAUAUAUUGAAGCAACAUCUCAAGACAUCAGUCGGGAAGUUAAAGCUUGGUUGCAAAUGGGUCUUCCAAAUGGACAACGACCCCAAGCAUCCAAAGUUGUGGCAAAAUGGCUUAAGGACAACAAAGUCAAGGUAUUGGAGUGGCCAUCACAAAGCCCUGACCUCAAUCCUAUAGAAAAUGUGUGGGCAGAACUGAAAAAGCGUGUGCGAGCAAGGAGGCCUACAAACCUGACUCAGUUACACCAGCUCUGUCAGGAAGAAUGGGCCAAAACUCACCCAACUUAUUUUGGGAAGCUUCUGUAAGGCUAACCCGAAACAUUUGACCCAAGUUAAACAAUUUAAAGGCAAUGCUACCAAAUACUAAUUGAGUGUAUGUAAACAUUUCACAUUCUUAGGAUCACCCCUUUAUUUUAACUGACGUAAAACAGGGACUUUUUACUAGGAUUAAAUGUCAGGAAUUGUGAAAAAACUGAGUUUUUAAAUGUAUUUGGCUAAGGUGUAUGUAAACUUCUGACUUCAACUGUAUAUACACACCUAUGACCUGGCCUCCACAAUCCCCCGACCUCAACCCAAUUGAGAUGGUUUGGGAUGAGUCGGACCACAUAGUGAAGGAAAAGCAGCCAACAAGUGCUCAGCAUAUGUGGGAACUCCUUCAAGACUGUGAAGCUGGUUGAGAGCAUGCCAAGAGUGUGCAAAGUUGUCAUCAAGGCAAAGGGUUGCUAUUCGAAGAAUCUCAAAUAUAUAAUAUAUUUUGAUUUGUUUAACACUUUUUGGUUUACUACAUGAUUCCAUAUGUGUUAUUUCAUCGUUUUGAUGACUUUACUCUACAAUGUAAAAAAACAGUAAAAAUAAAGACAAACCCUUGAAUGAGUAGGUGUGUCCAAACUUUUGACUGGUAGGUGUGUCCAAACGAAGACCUUCAAAGUCAUUGAUUUUACUCGCUGAGCACCCUUUGUCAAAGAGAGACUCCUUCUCUCUAGGGAAUUCAACAAAAGUUUUUAUAGAGGAUUUGGAGUGCUUUCUAAACUUUUGUCUAUAAUCCUCCGGCACAAGCUCAUACCCACGGAGCACAGUAGCCUUAACAAUGUGGUAAUUAAGACUAUCAGCGAGAGAGUACCCAUUACCUCCUGCGCUUUACAGGACAAUUUACACUGAAGUAAAAUGUUAAAUGUAAGUAACAGCGGCCACACAUCCCUAGGCCAAUUCAAAGCCACUGCUAUGCGUUCGAAUGCACAAAAGUAAGAGGCAACCUCAGACUCACAGAAUUGUGGAACUAAAGCAAUAUGCCGGCUAAUGUCAAAGGUAGAGGCAGAUCCUGGGGUGGAAAACACACUAGUGGGAACGGCAGGGACAGCGGCCAGCCUCGCUGUCUCUGCCUCUAAUUCCAAUUUGCGCGUUUCGAAGUCCAUCUGCCUUAUCUUAAUGUCUGCUUCCAACUCCAGUCGGCGCAUCUCCAACUUGAGAUGUAGCUCAUCCUUUCGGUUUUGUGCUCUCUCUUCUGCCUCCAGCUGCAAGUGUACAGCCGUAGGCAUAGGAGAGAGAGGAUCAAAUCGAGGAAAGGUGGCCGGGGCCUUAUACUCGACGUCGUCGUCGGGCCUAUACGGGGUACCCGGAGCAUCCACCACCUCUCCCACCGCAGGCCGAGGCAAAACCAACACCUGCCGUUCAAUCAACGCCGCUAACACCAAUGCCUUUACCUCCGCCUUAACAAAACCCCUUGGCACUGAGAUAUCGAAAUGGUCUGCCAAAGUCUCUAAAUCCACUCUCCUACAAUUCUCAAAACCCUCCCACGUAGGGUUAUCCAGAAAAAACUUCAGGUUAAAGGUGGCCAUUUUCUAAAUCCACCACCUAACUACAACAUCCAACACAGAGCUAAACACUACACUACACCCAACACAACAACCACACAAUCCACAUCUACUACCAAAGUGUGCGGGCAGAAGCUGGAUCAAAGAUCCCUGACCAGCCCCCCAUGUUACGUUCUCCCCUCUGGUGUAGUUUGUCUGAGGAGGAGACGUAAAUGCCCGUGCCUGCGCACACAAUGUAAACUAGAUGGAUGGGGAAGAGAUGUGGGGUGUAACAAACUAAAAUAACCAGACACAACAACCAGAACUCAAUGUUAGCCCUCGGGGACGUUUAGUAAGGUUUUAAACAAAAUUAAUAUACACCACUCAUUUAAGAAACAGUAAUAAAACAAAAAACCAAUCAAACAAACCAGGGAAGGUAAGAGAAGGGAAUGUUUGGGAACGGGGUCCAAGUAAUGAAAAUAAACAAAAGGUCCCUCCUCUUCUACACACCUAAUCCUUCCUAACACACUCUAAGCCUUAACCAGCAUUCCUACCUGUUACCACAAAUACAGGGGUGACACCCGCCCGGCUAACCUAGUGUGUAAAACAGUGGGUUAUCUACGUGUGAAUGUACACCCAUGGGCAGAACUACCUUUCCCUUCUCCAGGACCCAGGGAGGGUGGAAUACAGCAGGAGGACAGGCUGGAACACAAACAAAGAUAAAUCAAAACAUCCAGUUAACAAAUCCUCAGACAAACAAAAAGUGCCCCCUCUCUCUCUCUCUCUCGCUCACAGGGCAAACAGUUUAUAUACUCUAGUCAAUCAGUCACUCAACCACAGCUGCCAGGACUCCGGACCGAAGCCACGCCCACCAUCGUCAGCCGCAACUCAGCACACCUGUAAUAACCAGAACACACAAACAGAACAACCACUCUGAACCACAAACACACCACAAAGGAAGAUUGGGAGAAAGAAAAACAUGUCACACGUAACAAUCGCUCUCUCGCUCUCUCUGUAUAGACAGCAUGGAUAAUAUAUGAAUAGUAAAAGCCACUCGUUACCUGUAUUAAUGGCACCUGUUUGAACUUGUUAUCAGUAUAAAAGACACCUGUCCACAACCUCAAACAGUCACACUCCAAACUCCACUAUGGCCAAGACCAAAGAGCUGUCAAAGGACACCAGAAACAAAAUUGUAGACCUGCACCAGGCUGGGAAGACUGAAUCUGCAAUAGGUAAGCAGCUUGGUUUGAAGAAAUCAACUGUGGGAGCAAUUAUUAGGAAAUGGAAGACAUACAAGACCACUGAUAAUCUCCCUCGAUCUGGGGCUCCACGCAAGAUCUCACCCCGUGGGGUCAAAAUGAUCACAAGAACGGUGAGCAAAAAACCCCAGAACCACACGGGGGGACCUAGUGAAUUACCUGCAGAGAGCUGGAACCAAAGUAACAAAGCCUACCAUCAGUAACACACUACGCCGCCAGGGACUCAAAUCCUGCAGUGCCAGACGUGUCCCCCUGCUUAAACCAGUACAUGUCCAGGCCCGUCUGAAGUUUGCUAGAGUGCAUUUGGAUGAUCCAGAAGAGGAUUGGGAGAAUGUCAUAUGGUCAGAUGAAACCAAAAUUGAACUUUUUGGUAAAAACUCAACUCGUCGUGUUUGGAGGACAAAGAAUGCUGAGUUGCAUCCAAAGAACACCAUACCUACUGUGAAGCAUGGGGGUGGAAACAUCAUGCUUUGGGGCUGUUUUUCUGCAAAGGGACCAGGACGACUGAUCCGUGUAUAGGAAAGAAUGAAUGGGGCCAUGUAUCGUGAGAUUUUGAGUGAAAACCUCCUUCCAUCAGCAAGGGCAUUGAAGAUGAAACGUGGCUGGGUCUUUCAGCAUGACAAUGAUCCCAAACACACCGCCUGGGCAACGAAGGAGUGGCUUCGUAAGAAGCAUUUCAAGGUCCUGGAGUGGCCUAGCCAGUCUCCAGAUCUCAACCCCAUAGAAAAUCUUUGGAGGGAGUUGAAAGUCCGUGUUGCCCAGCGACAGCCCCAAAACAUCACUGCUCUAGAGGAGAUCUGCAUGGAGGAAUGGGCCAAAAUACCAGCAACAGUGUGUGAAAACAUUGUGAAGACUUACAGAAAACGUUUGACCUGUGUCAUUGCCAACAAAGGGUAUAUAACAAAGUAUUGAGAAACUUUUGUUAUUGACCAAAUACUUAUUUUCCACCAUCAUUUGCAAAUAAAUUAAUUUAAAAUCCUACAAUGUGAUUUUCUGGAUUUUUUUUUCUCAUUUUGUCUGUCAUAGUUAACGUGUACCUAUGAUGAAAAUGACAGGCCUCUCUCAUCUUUUUAAGUGGGAGAUCUUGCACAAUUGGUGGCUGACUAAAUACUUUUUUUCCCCACUGUAUAUGAAUAGAAAAGGUGUGUACAGCAGUAGUUAUAUAGGAUGAGCCAUGACUAGAAUACAGUAUAUACAUAUAAAGUGGUUGAAACGGUAUGUAAACAUUAUUAAAGUGACUAGUGUUCAAUGGCUCUAUGUACAUAGGGCAGCAGUCUCUAAGGUGCUGGGUAGAGUACCGGGUGGUAGCCGGCUAGAACAGUGACUACGGUUCAGGUCAGGGUCCUGGGCGGAGUCCGGCUAGUGGUGACUGUUUAACAGUCUGAUGGCCUGGAGAUAGAAGCUGUUCCUCAGUCUCUCGGUUCCAGCUUUGACGCAACUGUACUGUCUCUGCCUUCUAGAUGGUAGCGGGGUGAACAGGCCAUGUCUCGGGUGGAUGAGGUCCUUGAUGAAAUUCUUGGCCUUCCUGUGACACCGGGUGCUGUAUAUGUCCUGGAGGGCAGGCAGUGUGUCAGCCCCCCUGACAACCCCCCAACACCCACUGAGGGCACAGGAAAGCCAGAGAUUGUGCUUCUCAUAAACUCUAAUGGGAAAUAAAGAGAAGAACAGAAACUAUUUCCUAAACGCUGAUGCCCAAACACCCGACUAGGGUCUCCUAGCCACAUAAUCAUUCACAUGGGCACAAACGGCCUUAGGAACCAGCAGGAAAGGGUAGCCACAGCACUCAAGGGAGUGAUAGAGCAUCUUCCACAUUCCCCAACUCAAGAGUGGUCCUCUCUACCCUUCUACCAAGAAAAUACUUUCACCUUGCCACCAUACAGCGGGUAAAUACAAGCAUUUCCUGUGACUGUGCCUCGAAACCCAAUGUUUACCUGGCCAAUCACCACACCCUGGAUUUGGACAGCCUCUGCAACCAGGGCCACCUCGACAAAGCGACAGUCUCAACUAUUGCCAGGACCCUGAAAGACAUCGCACACAACCGCAGCCCCUGCACUUCACACAGGAGCAACAGAGCGAUGAACCCCUCGCCCAGACCUGUCCUCAUGUUUGCUGCCUGUAUCCCCCAAUAGAAUCCCCUUACUUAGCGAUGAUAGCUUCUCCAUCCUAGAGGUGGAGAUUAACCAUUUCCAGGCCCAGGGACAUGUACUAGUCUGUGGUGACCUAAAUACAAGAACCUGACACUCUCAGCACACAGGGACAAAAACCAACCUGGAGGUGACGGCAUUCCCUACCAAAUAUAUCCCCCUUGACACAACCACAACAAAAAUGGGUCACAACUCCUGCACCUCUGUCGCAUGCUGGGUCUGUACAUAGUCAAUGGUAUGCUUUGAGGGGACUCCUAUGGUAGGUACACCAAUAGCUCAUCUCUUAGCAGUAGUACUAUAGAUUACUUUAUCACCGACCUCAACCCAGAGUCUCCCAGAGCAUUCACAGUCAGCCCACUGACACCCCUAUCAGAUCACAGCAAAAUCACAGUAUACUUGAACAGAGCAAUACGCAAUUAUGUGGCAUCAAAGUCGAACAAACUGCAUACUAUUAAGAAAAGCUAUAGAUGGAAGGAAAGUAGUGUAGAAACCUACCACAAAAAAUUGGGCAACAACUAAUUCUAUCUCUUUUAGACAACUUCCUGGACAAAAUGAUUUACUGCAUAAUGAAAGUGUAAACCUGGCAGUAGAAAGCCUGAACUGUAUAUUUGACCUUUCAGCUUCCCUGUCAAAUCUAAACAUUUCAAGCAGACAACCUAAGAAAAUGAACAACAAUGACAAAUGGUUUGAUAAAGAAUGCAAAAACCUAAGAAAGAAAUUGAGAAACCUAUCCAACCAAACACGCUGAGACCCAGAACCUGAGCCUACGCCUUCACUAUGGUGAAACACUAAAACAGUACAGAAAUACACUAUGAAAAAAGAAGCAACAGCACGUCAGAAAUCAGUUCAAUGUCAUUGAAGAAUACAUAGAAUCUAACCACUUCUGGGAAUAGUGGAACACACUAAACAAAAAACAACAUGAAGAGUUAUCUAUCCAAAACGGAGAUGUAUGGAUAAACCACUUCUACAAUCUUUUUUGCCCUAUAACAAAGAACAAACAGCAAAAACAUAUGCAUGAUCAAAUACAAAUCUUAUAAUCAGUUGUUAAAGACUACCAGAACCCACUGAAUUCUCCAAUUGCAUUAAAUGAACUACUGGACAAAAUACAAACCCUCCAACCCCAAAAGACCUGUGGUGUUGAUGGUAUCCUAAAUAAAAUGAUAAAAUAUACAGACCACAAAUUCCAAUUGGCUUUACUUAAACUCUUUAACAUCAUCCUCAGCCCCAGCCCCAUGCCCUAGCCAGGUAGGGUGAGGCAGGAGGGGUGGGUGGUGAGUGGACUCCAGCCCUACAGCUCCGGUUACAGUGAUUGUGCAACGGAUCGCUGUGAACCUCACAGCCCCCUCCCUUUUCCUCUCUGCUGCCCUGUUCCCUCUCCUCGCUCUCCUACUACCCCUCUAUCUCUCUCUUCUCCUCUCUCAUACCCCUACACUAUCUUAUUUUUCUUAUCAUCUCCUGUGGCCUCUCCUCACUCCACUCUCCUCUUUCCUCUGCCUUCUCUCUCUUCCCUACCCUUCUCUCCUCUCAUCGUUACUCCCCUCCCUUUUCUCCUCUCCUCCCCCUCUUCUCCUCUCACCCAGUGCUCGAGGUGUCAGACGGAGGAAAAGCAAACUGUGGUAGAGCUUAUGAGCCUAGUAGAACCUAAGACUAGAGCCUAGAAAGCUCCCUCCCUCAUCCGCCUGCGUGGGAAACAGGACGUUUUCUCUCUUACAUGGAAGAGUGUGUUGAUCAGCUACUCUCUACCAGAGGAAGACUGUGUGUGUGUGUGUGUGUCCAGAGUGCCCACUGCAAUUAUGCUCCUUACUCAUGAUGACUGUUAAGCAGAACACACAGAGGUCAGAGUGGCAGAGUUCAUAGCAGCCACUGAGAGGCAGCACUGAAACCGGAGGAGAGGGGGCUUGGCCAGGUCACUGUGUGUGCAGGUUUGCUGUAUAUUCUGUGUCAUUAAUGUGUCACAUGUACAGUAUGUGUCAUCGUGUGUGUGUGUGUGUGUGUGUGUGUGUGUGUGUGUGUGUGUGUGUGUUUGAGACCGAGACAGAGACAGAGAGUGUUGUUAUGUGUAUGUCUGUGUUCUCUUCCCCUCAGUCACCUCUUGGCUGUGGUGUUCUAUUUGUGGCAGCCGUAUCAUCUGUGAGUCUCGAUGGUAAACCAUAAACUGUCUUACUUCACACAGAACCAAAAUGGAGUCGUGGUACAAUUACAGUAGACAGAGCAUACUGUCACUUCCUCCAUUCUGGGGCUACAGGAACUAUCCCAUUUUCCUCACCUCAUAGUUAAUGGCAAUGGGCCUUGUGUCACUGUGUGCUGUUAGAGCCACAAUGGUCCCAGAGACUCCUGUGUCCAAUUUUGUGUCUGGGAUAUAGGCGUGUGUGUGUGUUCCAGACGACAGGCCACACUGUGCCCACAGGGAGGGGACACAGGGAGGGAAACAGCCAGGCAGCCACGUGGUGUGGGAGCAGGAGGGAUGACAGGGAGGGAGAGGAGAGGGGGAGCAGGGGGGACAGGGGAGGAGAGGAGGGAAGAGCACUGACCCAAAUAGUCACUCUGUUCCCCCCUCUCCCUCUCUGUCACACACAUCACUCUCUUUCUUUUCCCUCUCCUACUAUCCCACUCUUGCUCUCCCUCUCACUCCCUAUCCUGUCUCUAUUCCGCUUCCACCCCUCUCCCCUUCCCUCUAUCCCACCCUCUUUUUCUCCCCAUGCUCUGUUCUCCCUUCCACCUUCUACUCUCUUCCCCCUUCCACCCUCCCUCGCUCUCUCCCCUCCCUUCCCCCUCUCCCCCACUCUGUAACUUCCUGUAGUGGGAUAGCAGGGCUGGGGUCACACCCACCCCACCCUCUCUCUCUCUCCUCCCUCUCCUCUCUCCCCCUCUCGCUCUGUAACUUCCUGUAGUGGGAAAAGCAGGGCUGGGGUCACACCCACCCCACCCUCUCUCUCUCUCCUCCCUCUCCUCUCUUCCCCUCUCGCUCUGUAACUUCCUGUAGUGGGAAAAGCAGGGCUGGGGUCACACCCACCCCACCCUCUUUAUUCCUGGAACUCCCCACAUUGUGAGGUCCCAGGGGAGGGGAGACACGCGCACACCCCACAUUCCCUUAGCCCCCAUGUCUCUCUCUCUCUUUCUCUCUCUCAGACACACACAUACAAACAGUCCCCCAAGCCCCUUGCCCCAUCAGCCGGCAUCUCAGCUCUCUCUUCUCAAAGCGCUGGGUGAACACAGGAAGUAGCCUAGUACAGAUAGAGAGAAAGAUGGAGAAUCUCAAUUGCAUACUCAUCGCGUCCUCUCUCCUCUUCCUCGCCUCUUUCUCAAAACCCAUUGGAGUAGAAGGUCAGAAGGGGGGUACCGCUGGCUUUCUCAUGAGUUUUGUGAAGGAGGCGAGAGGACGCGAGGAGUAUGCACUUGAGAUUCUCCCAGUGAAGAGAGGGGAGGGAAGAGGGGAAUCUAGCCUAGUUAGCCAUCCUGAGCCUGUAGCCUUCCUGGCUGACUCUGUGUGUAUCUAGUAUCUCUGUGUCUGUUGUGGUUAGCUGGCUAGUCAGAGGUGUCGCAUCACAUUGAGCUCAGUGCUUACUUUUGUGACUAUAGAGGGGUCUCUGUCCCUCUACAAUGGGCAUUGGGAGAGGACAGUGUGUGUGUGAAGGGGGAGGGGUGUGUGUGGUGGGGGGAGACGUGUAUGUAGCGGGGGGAUGGUGUGUGUGUGUGUAGUGGAGGCAGGGGUGUGUGUGUGUGUGUGUGUGUGUGUGUGUGUGUAGUGGAGGCAGGGGUGUGUGUGUGUGUGUAGUAGGGGGGAUGUGUGUGUGAGUGGAGCCACACCCAGGCUGAUUGGGGGACCACACCUCUGUGAGGAAUCUGCUGCAGCUGGGUCACAUGUCUGCCCCCCCCUCCCUCCCUCCCUCCACCCCAUCCCACCCCACCCCCACACCUAAACAGUUCCAUAUUGCAGCCAGCUCUUUCUCACUCCAUUCAAUUCAAAGUGCUUUAUUGGCAUGUUUACAUUGCCAAAGCAAGUGGAAUAGAUAAUAAACCAAAGUUAAAUAAACAAUCGAAAUUAACAGUAAACAUUAGUUUGUAUUUACAAUGGUGUGUGUGCUUCACUGGUUGCCCUUUUCUUGUGGCAAUAGGUCACACAUCUUGCUGCUGGCACACUGUGGUAUUUAAUCUAAUAGAUAUGGGAGUUUAUCAAAAUUGGAUUUGUGGGUCUGUGUAAUCUGAGGGAAAUAUGCUUCAGUGCCUUCAGAAAGUAUUCACACCACUUCGACUUUAUCCACAUUUUGUCGUGUUACAAAAUGGGAUUAAAAUUGAUUUAAUUGUCAUUUUUUGCCAUCGGUCUACACAAAAUACUCCUGACGUCAAAGUGGAAUAAAAAUUCUAACAUUUGUAUUAAAAAAACACUCAUAUAUAGUGAGCCCCUGCUGAUUUUGUACGUUUUCCCACUGACAAAGACAUGAUCAGUCUAUAAUUUUAAUGGUAGGUUUAUUUGAACAGUGAGAGACAGAAUAACAACAAAAAAAUCCAGAAAAACGCAUGUCAAAAAUGUUAUAGAUUGAUUUGCAUUUUAAUGAGGGAAAUAAUUAUUUGACCCCUCUGCAAAACAUGACUUAGUACUUGGUGGCAAAAUCCUUCUUGGCAAUCACAGAGGUCAGACGUUUCUUGUAGUUGGCCACCAGGUUUGCACACAUCUCAGGAGGGAUUUUGUUCCACUCCUCUUUGCAGAUCUUCUCUAAGUUAUUAAGGUUUUGAGGCUGACGUUUGGCAACUCGAACCUUCAGCUCCCUCCACAGAUUUUCUAUGGGAUUAAGGUCUGGAGACUGGCUAGGCCACUCCAGGACCUUAAUGUGCUUCUUCUUGAGCCACUCAUUUGUUGCCUUGGCCGUGUGUUUUGGGUCAUUGUCAUGCUGGAAUACCCAUCCACGACCCAUUUUCAAUGCCGUGGCUGAGGGAAGGAGGUUCUCACCCAAGAUUUGACGGUACAUGGCCCGUCCAUCAUCCCUUUGAUGCGGUGUUGUUGUCCUCUCCCCUUAGCAGAAAAACACCCCCAUAGCAUAAUGUUUCGACCUCCAUCCACAUUCCUCCUCCUCCAAACACGGCGAGUUGAGUUGAUGCCAAAGAGCUCGAUUUUGGUCUCAUCUGACCACAACACUUUCACCCAGUUCUCCUCUGAAUCAUUCAGAUGUUCAUUGGCAAACUUCAGAAGGCCCUGUAUAUGUGCUUUCUUGAGCAGGGGGACCUUGCGGGCGCUACAGUAUUUCAGUCCUUCACGGCGUAGUGUGUUACCAAUUGUUUUCUUGGUGACUAUGGUCCCAGCUGCGUUGAGAUCAUUGACAAGAUCCUCCCGUGUAGUUCUGGGCUGAUUCCUCACCGUUCUCAUGAUCAUUGCAACUCCACGUGAGAUCUUGCAUGGAGCCCCAGGCCGAGGGAGAUUGACAGUUCUUUUGUGUUUCUUCCAUUUGCGAAUAAUCGCACCAACUGUUGUCACCUUCUCACCAAGCUGCUUGGCGAUGGUCUUGUAGCCCAUUCCAGCCUUGUGUAGGUCUACAAUCUUGUCCCUGACAUCCUUGGAGAGCUCUUUGGUCUUGGCCAUGGUGGAGAGUUUGGAAUCUGAUUGAUUGAUUGCUUCUGUGGACAAGUGUCUCCCUUUAAGAGUGUGCUCCUAAUCUCAGCUCACUACCCGUAUAAAAGACACCUGGGAGCCAGAAAUCUUUCUGAUUGAUAGGGGGUCAAAUACCUAUUUCCCUCAUUAAAAUGCAAAUCAAUUUAUAACAUUUUUGACAUGUGUUUUUCUGGAUUUUUUUGUUGUUAUUCUGUCUCUCACUAUUCAAAUAAACCUACCAUUAAAAUUAUAGACUGAUCAUUUCUUUGUCAGUGGGCAAACGUACAAAAUCAACAGGGGAUCAAAUACUUUUUUCCCUCACUAUUCGGUUUAGAUAAGUAUUCAACCCCCUGAGUCAGUACAUGUUAGGAUCACAUUUGGCAGCGAUUACAGCUGUGAGUUUUUCUGGUACGUUCCACACCUGGAUUGUGCAACAUUUGCCCAUUUAUUAUUUUCAAAAUUAUUCUUCAAGCUCUGUCAAAUUGGUUGUUUAUCAUUUCUAGCUUCUACUAAGCUAACAUAUGGAAUUGUUUUAAGAUGGUCACAUAUUUAACCCCUUAUUUUUGUUGGUGCAAAACUAUCUCCAUACAUCCAUUCAUUUGUAACAUUCAGAACGUUAAGCUGACCAAUAGAAUGGGUAAACUUUUCUACUAUGGGGGUUAGUAGAUUGACAUAGGCUAGUGAUUUUUCUGUUUGUUACUCAUCAUGUUGGCUGAGGAAAAGUAAAUGUGGACAGUUAUUCUAACAUAGGCAAUGCGUGGGUUUCAAGUUUGAGGACGCAAAUUUAGAUCAUAAAAAUGCAACUUUAUAAUUUAAAAAAACGAUAUCCUCACAUUUGCAGACAUAUGUAAGAUAGCCUACUAUUCCUAAUGUGAUGAUUAGAUUGGAUAGUCAUAAUUUAGGUUAAUAAUAUAACUCAAUCACUGUUCGCAAAAAAAGACUGGUCAAUGCAGUACGGAGUGGCGUAGAGUAGGCAGACUAUAGACUAUAGGCUUGCUGUCCCCAUUCCGCCUGGCCUUGCUGCUAUUCCAGUUUCAACUGUUCUGCCUGCGGUUAUGGAACCCCUACCUGUCCCAGACCUGCUGUUUUCAACUCUUAAUGAUCGGCUAUGAAAAGCCAACUGAGAUUUAUUCCUGAUUAUUAUUUGACCAUGCUUGUCACUUAUGAACAUUUUUGAACAUCUUGGCAUGGUUCUGUUAUAACCUCCACCCGGCACAGCCAGAAGAGGACUGGCCACCCCUCAUAGCCUGGUUCCUCUCUAGGUUUCUUCCUAGGUUUUGGCCUUUCUAGGGAGUUUUUCCUAGCCACCGUGCUUCUACACCUGCAUUACUAGCUGUUUGGGGUUUUAGGCUGGGUUUCUGUACAGCACUUCGAGAUAUUAGCUGAUGUACGAAGGGCUAUAUAAAAUAAAAUUGAUUGAUUGAUCACAGGAAAAUGUUGGCCUUUCAUAAACAACUUUCAUGCAAUUUUUCUACAAUUUAUAUGACUUGAGACAUUAGCAGAAUCUUUUUUUAUACAACAAAAAUGUCAGGAUAGCCUACUCUGGGCCUACGAAAAGGGGAGAGACAAAUACAAGAUGACGUCCUUCUAACCUGGAGGAGAAAAUGAUUGUCCAAAAACAAACAAAAGUGGCACUGACCCAAUGAUAGACAGUGAAUAUGCACACUCACCGGGGAGAUGGCUGAGGUACUCUAGUGGUGCCAAUAAGACAGGCUACGUUUCGCUCAAUUAAAUUGAGAAUUUGGAUAAUUAAAAGACCGAUUGGAGUCUUUUCAUUGUCUUCUAUUUACAGCAAUAGCCAUUUCGCUUUCCAAACUGUUUUUCCGUGAUUGUAUUUUUUUAUGUUGCGAUAUGCCUGGCUGGGUCUCUCUGCCUUUCACUGGCAGUCACAACUCAGCAAUAAUCUAUUUGCUGUGUGCUCUGCCCAAAUUGCUGGCCAUUCCGACUGUAGGCAAUGCGAUUUAAAACAAUCCACAGCAUUUUUUGUUUAAGAAGCUAAUGAUCCUCUGUGGCCAAAUCAUGCUUUCUGGGGUAGUAGCCUAUUUUGAGUGAUUUUAUUUAUGUACGUAAAUAAGCUAUUUAGGCUAUAUAAUUUUGGCAAUUUAAUUCAAUUUACUUUAGGGAAAGCUUAGCUUCAACUAGCUUUAUGGACACGCCGCCUAUGUAGUCUAACAUCUCAUCGGAAUUCGGUAAGAAUGAUGCACGCUGUUGCAUCGGAGUUACAUGUUCUGUUAAGAUGAAUUGCCAUAAACUAAAUGUGAUUUCUGGCAUUCUGAGCACCGUGGGUGGACACCCUAAUCAGGUUGCGCAACCGAUGCAUAUGAAUCCAGUACAUUUCUUAAAUGUCCGGUAAAUUAAAAUGCUGCCGGUCAAAUUUAUGGCACCACUUUUUCCUAACGGAAACCCUGAUGUGUGUGCAUGUUAUGUGUGUGUGUUGGAGUGUCAGUGUGCGUGAGUGUGUAGAGUCCUGUGAAUGUACAAGGCAAAAAAUUUUAAUAAAUACAAGGGUCAACUCAGUCUGUGUAGCCAUUCUGUUAGCUAUUCAAAUAGUCUUAUGACUUGGGGAUAGAAGGUGUUCAGGAGCCUGUUGGUGUCAGACUUAAUGCACCAGAGAACAGUCUCCUUUCACAUCGCCUGAUAUAGAGGUCCUGGAUGGCAGGGAGCUCGGCCCCAGUGAUGUGCAACACCCUCUGUAGCGCCAUGUGAUUGAGGGCAGUGCUGUUGUCAUACCAAGCACAGAGUUAGUCCAGGCAAAUUAUUUUGUGACCUUUUAUUUAUUUAUUUUGUUACUCAUGAACUUAUUUAGGCUUGCCAUAACAAAGGGGUUGACAUUUCAGCUUAAUUUUUAAUUCAGUUGUACACAUUUCUAAAAAACAUAAUUCCACUUUGACAUAAUGGGGUAUUGUGUGUAGGCCAGUGACAAAAAUCCCUAUUUAAUCCAUUUUAAAUUCAGGCUGUAACUCAACAAAAUGUGGAAAAUGUCAAGGGGUGUGAAUACUUUCUGAAGGCACUGUAUGUGUCUCUAAUAUGGUCAUACAUUUGGCAGGAGGUUAGGAAGUGCAGCUCAGUCUUCUCUCGAGAACCAGGUCUGUACAUAGUCAAAGCUUUCCUACAUUUUGGGCCAGUCACAGUGGUAUUCUGCCACUGUGUACUCUCUGUUAACACUAGAUUCGCUAAAGCAUUCAUUUGACUGCUCAUGAUUAUAAUUUUUUUAUUACGCUGCCAUUUUUGGUGAUCGCUGUCCUUGACAUUUCCUAAAUAAGUCUAUAUAACACACUGCCAUUGUUAGAAUCGUAAUAUCACAAACAGAACUGGAGUUAUAAGCAGUUUUAGGAGGGCAUGUCCAUUUUAAAAUGGUUUUCCCCCUUUGCCCCUCCUUCUCCCGACAGUAGGGCCUGCUCAAGCUCCUUCUCCCGACAGUGGAAGUGGAAGGUGCCAUGCCCAGUUGAUAAUCAUUCCGAUAAUUGCCUCGAAACUUAACCUAAACUAUACCGAAACUAAUUUCACACAUAAAACAACAGAUUAAAUAAAUGGAGUCGAGUAUGAUGGGGGAGAAUGGGUGAGUUGAUGAGCGAGGGGAAGCGAACAAUGCAUAAUUAUGUAAUCACCAAUUGUGAAUGAAGAACAGGGUGGGCCAUUCUAUUUUAUUGAUACUGUAUAUUCUAAUUAUAAUCUCAAAAUACCCUAUAUCAGUCCACACGCCACUAUAGCAGACUUAUCAGUCUACUCUGGCCUACUUGGAGUAGGCCCUACACAGUGAGAGCGUACGUAAUUUACAAUGGCAAGAAGACCAAGACGAAUGGAUGCACAUGCUGCGUUAGCGCUGCUACAAGAUCUGAAUGAAAACGACUCAGAUGGUGGGGAAGAAAUUAAUCAUGACAUCUCUAAUGAUUAUCCUUCUGAUUCUGAGCCUCCGUCUGAACCUAUACCGCCGAGGCCUAAGCGAGAAAAAGCCAGAAUGGUGCUCACUGAGCAGGUGCUCACGCCACCACCAAAGGAAAUGUUGAGACAGGACAGAGAAAGGGAACGGCACCGUUUGGAUAGAACAAGCCGGUGACAAUGCUAUGGGCCGAUUUAUCAGCACAAAAUGUAAUCACUGAGAGAGCAGGCCCUACAUCUCAAGCUAAAAACAACAUCAGCAACACACUCACCAGCUUUCGUUGUUUAUGUGACAUGGUCUGUGGCUGAGGUGCACAGGGAGCAAGGAGGCGCUGCCUGGGAUCUGUCUGUUGAUGAGCUGGAAGCGUUCAUUUCAAUCCUGUAUGCCCGUGGAGCAUUCGGUGGAAAGCACAUGUAUAUGGAGAGCUUUUACUCGGACAUGUAUGGGAUACCUUUCUUUGGAGAAACCAUGUCACAGGAUCACUCCAGAGAGAUCAUGCGUUACCUCCAUUUUGAUGACAAAGAAAUUAGAAUGUGACGCCUGGAAACAGACAAAUUUGCCAUGGAAUCCGAUGUUUGGAACAAGUAUAGACAAUACUUGACUAUUUGACUGCUGUCAUAUCGACACUUAUUCAUUAUAAUGCCAUUAUUGGUUUUGUGCAGAUUUUCACUAUUUAUCAAGCACACUUGGCACUUAUAAUGAUGAUUAGGCUACUGAUGAUUUCAUAAUUUGACCACCUGUCUUGCUCACCGUGCGUCUUUGUGGUUGGGGUAUUUUAUUUAGUUGUUAUAAAAAGAAGCUGUUGCCAUGUUCCAACACAUAUGCUUUCUGUUUCAUAGUUGUAACAAAGGCAUCCUUCAAAUAGAAAGUAUUGAACAUUUGAAUCUUGGUGUUUUUUGUUUUUACAUAUAGACUACAGUAACGUAAACUAAUGAAAAUGCUAUUGUGUUAUUUGAAAUAAAAUUAAAAUCGUAUUCUAAUGUUACCUAAAACCUUCAUAAACACAAAUGAUUAUUUUUCCGAUAGCAUAUAUGAUACAGUUGAAGUCGGAAGUUUACAUACACCUUAGCCAAAUACAUUUAAACUCAGUUUUUCACAAUUCCUGACAUUUAAUCCUAGUAAGAAUUCCCUGUCUUAGGUCAGUUAGGAUCACCACUUUAUUUAAGAAUGUGAAAUGUCAGAAUAAUAGUAGAGAGAAUGAUUUAUUUCAGCUUUUAUUUCUUUCAUCAUAUUCCCAGUGGGUCAGAAGUUAACAAGACAUUUGUGGAGUGGUUGAAAAACGAGUUUUAAUGACUCCAACCUAAGUGUAUGUAAACUUCCGACUUCAACUGUAUGUAUUAAUUACUGUUAGAAUUUUGCAGUCAAAAUGACUGCUCUUUAGAUUGAAGGGGGGUCCCUCGAGGCCCAGCGGUUCUAGUGUUAAGGGCCAAAUAGCAUUCCAGUAUGCUUAGUUUUUUGGUUAGUUCUUUCGAAUGGGUCAAGUAAUUAUAUUUUUGUUUUCCUCAUGGUUUGGUUAGGUGUAAUUGUUUUGCUGUCCUGGGGCUCUCUGUGGGGUCUGUUUGUGAACAGAGCCCCAGGACCAGCUUGCUGAGGGGACUUUUCUCUAGGUUUCUCUAGGCUCUCUGAAGGUGAUGGCUUUGCUAUGGAAGGUUUGGGAAUCGCUUCCUUUUAGGUGGUUGUGGAAUUUAACGUCUCUUUUCUGGAUUUUGAUCAUUAGCGUUUAGUCUUAAUUCUGCUCUGCAUGCAUUAUUUGGUGUUUUACGUUGUGCACUGAGGAUGUUUUUGCUGAAUUCUGGAUGCAGAGUCUCAAUUUGGUGUUUGUCCCCAAUACUUCAAUCAGUUAUAGAACCCACUGCUCUAAAUGUGAGGUCUCGGGUCCACUCACCAACCAAGAAUUCACAAAAUGGGAUAAACCCCCAAUUGAGACCAUGCAUGCAGAAUUCUUUAAAAAUAUCCUUCAUGUACAACGCAAAACCCCAAACAAUACAUGCAGAGCAGAAUUAGGAUUAUGCGCGCUAAUGAUCAAAAUCCAGAGAAUUGCUGUUUUUAAAUUCUACAACCACCUGAAAGGAAGCGAUGCCCACACAUUCCAUCACAAAGCCCUCACCUACAGAGAGAUGAACCUAGAGAAGAGCCAUCUCAGCCAGCUGGUUCUGGGGCUCUGUUCACAAACACAAACAGACCCCACAGAGCCCCAGGACAGCAACACAAUCAGACCCAACUAAAUUAUGAGAAAACAAAACGGUAACUAUUUGACACACUGGAAAGAAUUUGACAUACUGGAAAGAAUCAAUGAAAAAACAGAGCAAACUGGAAUACUAUCUAGCCCUAAACAGAGAAUACACAGUAUCAAAAUACCUGACCACUGUGAAUGACCCAAAAUUAAGUAAAUCAUUAACUAUGCACAGACUCAAUUGAGAGAGGUCGCCAUAGCUCUCGAGAGAAGAAAGGAUAUGUGCACACUGCCCGCAAAAUGAGGUGGAAUCUGAGCUGCACUUCCUAACCUCCUGCCAAAUGUAUGACCAUAUUAGAGACACAUAUUUCCCACAAAUCAUACCCACAAAGAAUUUGAAAACAAAACAAACAUUGAUAAACUCCCAUAUCUGUUAGGCGAAAUACAGCAAUGUGCAAUCUUAGCAGCAAGAUUUGUGACCCGUUGCUAUGGAAACAGGGCAACCAGUGGAGCACAAACAACAUUGUAAAUACAACCAAUAUUUAUCUGUUUACUUGUCUUCCCCUACUAUUCGUAUUACAACUAUUUGCACAUUGUUAAAAACACUGUACAGAGUUGAUAAUAGUUUUUUGUGUCUUCUAAUUUUUUUUGUAUUGUUUAUUUCACUUGCUUUGGUAGUGUAAUCAAUGUUUCCCAUGACAAUAAAGUCCCUUUGAAUUGAAUUGAAAGAGAAUGUAUGUGUAUAGAUUGUGUGUGUGUCUCUCUCUCGCUCCCCACUCCCCUCUGCUUCUAGAGAAGGGUGUGACUGCCUACCAGUGUGAGAGAGGGAGGAGACACAACACUUCUGUUGAGUUGCUCCUCCAUUUCUCUUUCGCUCUCAUUCCCUCACUGGCAGGGCUAGGAUUAGGCUUUCUCUCUCUCUUUCUCUCUUUCUCUCUCUCUCUCUACUUCUAUGUCCCUCUUUCUUUCUCUUUUCCUCUCACAUAGGCCUACCCUUUAUUGUAUUUCUCUCUACUCCAACGGAGUAUUUCUAUUGUUUUUCUUUCUGCAUAGUACAGUUUCAGAGUAGUAGGCCUACAGUUUGAGAAGAGGUAAUGGUGGUUGUAUUUGUUUUGUAAUUUCCUAUAUUCUUACCUGUCUCUACUCCUCCUUCCCCUCCCCCUGUUCUCACCUCUCCUCUCUUAUUGCUCUGUUAUCUUCCUCUUUGCCUCUCUCUACCUCUACUGCUUUUUCCCUCUCUUUCACCCAACUCCUCCUCUCUCAUCUCUCUGUGUUGUAUGUCAGGGUAUGAAGCAGUUGGCUAGCAUGUCCUCUCUCCCAGUGUAGCAGUAGUCUAACUGUACCCCUGUACAGAUAACUGUGCCUCUCUCUCUCUUUCUCUCUCUCGCCGUUCUCUAUAUGUAUUAUGUGUCUAACAUGUAAUCUCUUCCAAUGUAACUGUUUCUCUUCUUCAUAUGUACUACUGCUGGCUAACAGUCCUCUCUCUCCCUCUCCUCUGCAGUGCCAGUCGAGUCCUAAGAAGGCCAGCAGUGGUGCCAGCUCCCAGUCCCAACCACAUCCCAAGGAGCCCCAACCCAAGAAGGAGCCCCAACCCAAGGUUCCCAAGAAGGAACCCAAGACAGAGCCCCAGACCCAGGAGGAAGAAGAAGACAUGCCCUCAGUACACAUCAAACCAGAACCAGAGGAGGUGGAGUGCACGGUGAGAGAAGGAUAGAGGAAUGGGUGAAUGAGUUGGGGUAGAGGGACAGUGAAAGGGGGUUAGAGGGAUGAGUGGAGGGGUUGGGGUGGAGGAGUUGGGUGGUGAAGAGAGAUGGAUGACUAAUUGGAGAGAGACAUAGAGAAACAGGUCUGAAUAGAUGAAUGGUUAUAGGUGGGUGGUUAUAGAGAGAGGCUAAAAGAAAAUGGAGACUGGGUCUGUCUCUGGACUGUUAGAGAGGGUGGAGGAAAAGGUGGGGUGGUGAUGACUGGCUGGAGAGGAAAGAGCAAGAGAGAGAAGGGUGGAGAGGGUGUGGAUGGUUAGAUAAGAAGGGUAAGGGCGGGGGAGGUUGGUGAAGAGAGGGAGAGAGAUGGAGGAGGUGACCUGCAGAGUGGGUGGGGUUUGUUGGGUGAGCUGGGGCCCUAUUUAGGACUAUGCAAACUAAGUUACAGAAAAUUCAGGAUAAAAUGUUUAGUGUAGAACAGAUUAUUUGGAAAAGGGAAUCGUGGCAGCUCUAUAGGCCUAAGUUACAUUUCUAUGUGCAACGCUGUGAAUGUAGAGAGAGAGAGAGGGGGCUGGGUAAGCAGUACAAAGUUACAUAGCUUCCAGAUAGAAAUGUGUUGUGUAGAAUAUAUUAUCUGUCAUCAUGUUGGCUCUAUAGACCCGUGUUACAUUUCUAUGUGGUAUGUUGUGAAUGGAGAGAGGGAGGGAGGAAGAGUUAGAGGGGGGGAGAGAGUGAGGGGGAUGGGUGGGUGGGCUGAUGGGGCGGGUGUGGGCCACCAUUGCAUAAGUGCUUGUUAGAGAGGGGUGUGGUUGGGUUGUCGUGUGUGUGUGUUUGCCCGCGCCCUUGUUUGUGUUUGCCCACGCAUGCAUGUUUGCCCGUGUCCAUGCGCGUGUGUGUGUGUGUGUGCGCACAUUUAGGUUAGUAUUGUGGAGUAACUACAGUGUUGUUGAUCUAUCCUCAGUUUUCUCCUAUCACAGCCAUUAAACUCUGUAACUGUUUUAAAGUCACCAUUUGCCUCAUGGUGAAAUCCCUUUGCGGUUUCCUUCCUCUUUGGCAACUGAGUUAUGAACUACACCUGUAUCCUUGUAGUGACUGGGUGUAUUGCUACACCAUCCAAAGUGUAAUUAAUAACUUCACCAUGCUCAAAGGGGUAUUCAAUGUUUUAUUAUUGCUAUUUUUACCCAUCUACCUAUAGGCAUUGGAAAACUUCCCUGGUCUUUGUGGUUGAAUCUGUGUUUGAAAUCCACUGCUCGACUGAGGGACCUUACAGAUAAUUCUAUGUGUGGGGUACAGAGAUGAGGUAGUCAUUCAAAAAUCGUGUCCGUGCAACUUAUUAUGUGACUUAUUGACUCAAGACAUUUCAGCUUUUCAUUUUUAAUUCAUUUGUCAAAGGAAAUUCACUCACUCAAUUUUGGGUAAGUCACAGUGGUCAGGUAUUCUGCCACUGUGUACUCUCUGUUUAGGGCCAAAUAGCAUUCCAGUUUGCUCUGUAGUUUGGUUAAUUAUUUUCAAUGUGUCAAGUAAUUAUCUUUUAGUUUUCUCAUGAUUUGUUUGGGUCUAAUUGUGAUGCUGUCCUGGGGCUCAGCGGGGUCUUUUUGUGUUUGUGAACAGAGCCCCUGGACCAGCUUGCUGAGGGGACUCUUCUCUAGGUUAAUCUCUCUGUAGGUGAUGGCUUUGUUAUGGAAGGUUUGGGAAUCACUUCCUUUUAGGUGGUUGUAGAAUUUAAUGGCUCUUUUCUGGAUUUUGAUCAUUAGCGGGUAUGGUCCUAAUUCUGCUUUGCAUGCAUGGUGUUUUAAGUUGUACACGGCGGAUGUUUUUGCAGAAUUGUACAUGCAGAGUCUCAAUUUGAGGUUUGUCCCAUUUUGUGAAUUCUUGGUUGGUGAGCGGACCCCAGAUCUCACAACUAUAGAGGCCAAUGGAUUCUGAAACUGAUUCAAGGAUUCUUUGCCAAAUCCUAAUUGGGAUGUUGAAUUUUACAGUAUGUUCCAUUUUGUGGCGUAGAAGGCCCUUCUUGCCUCGUCUCUCAGAUCGUUCACAGCUUUGUGGAAGUUACCUGUGGUUCUGUUUAGGCCGAGGUAGGUAUAGUUUUUUUGUGUGCUCUAGGGCAACUGUGUCUAGAUGGAAUUUGUAUUCGUGUUUCUGACAACUGGACCUUUUUUGGAACACCAUUAUUUUUGUAUUACUGAGAUUCACUGUCAGGGCCCAGGUCUGACAGAAUCUGUGCAGAAGAUCUAGGUGCUGCGGUCCUUGGUUGGGGACAGAAGCACCAGAUCAGCAAACAAACAUUUGACUUCAGAUUAUAUUAGGAUGAGUAUGGGUGCUAAAGACUGUUCUAGUGCCCUCGCCAAUUUCUUGAUAUACACAGAGUAUACCAAACAUUAGGAACAUCUUCCUAAUAUCGCCCCCCCCCCCUUUUGCCCUCAGAACAGCCUUAAUUUGUCAGGGCAUGGACUCUACAAGGUGUCGAAGGAGUUCCACAGGGAUGCUGGCCCAUGUUGACUCCAAUGCUUCCCACAGUUGUGUCAAGAUGGCUGGAUGUCCUUUGUGUGGUGGACCAUUCUUGAUACACACAGGAAAACCCAGCAGCUUUGCAGUUCUUUAAACAAAUCGGUGCGCCUGCCACCUACUAUCAAACCCCGUUCAAAGGCACUUAAAUCUUUUGCCCUGCCCAUUCACCCUCUGAAUGGCACACAUACAUAAUCCAUGUCUCAAUUGUCUCAAGGCUUACAAAUCCUUCUUUAACCUGUCUCCUCCCCUUCAGCUACACUGAUUGAAGUGGAUUUAACAAGUGACAUCAAUAAGGGAUCAUAGCUCUCACCUGGUCAGUCUAUAGCUAGGUUUCCAUCCAAAUUGUCGAAAGAUUUUAAUGCGAAUAUUCUAGAAUCCGCAUUAAAAAAAUAAAAAUAAACUCAUUUCCCCCCAGUGGUGUGCUUCCACCAAAUUGACAUGUUGCAGAUAAAAAAUCAGUUCAUGAUGACGUAGUGCACACAAAAUGUACUUUUUCCUCUUACAUUUUUCUAUAUCGAAACAAAAUCCAAAGUUCAAUAUGUUUCCAUCGCAUUUUCAACUCUACCGAUAGUUUUGUCAAAAAAUAGAAAAUCUGCCUACUCUGGUCUUGGAACGUGCUCUCUAGCCAACAGCUCCCAGAUACAGUGUGGGUAUGCUGUGCGGGUAGGCUAGUCUACAUAAUAAGAUUAUUAUUGAUAAGGCUGAAAAUAUUUGUAUUUGUCAAAAGGCAGUCAAGCAGCGAUCAUCAAGUCACCAGAAUAAGACCCUCGAUAUUUAUUGGAAAGACGCAUCAAGAUCACUGUGCACUUUAACCACCCUGUGAAGGUCAUCAUAAUUUAUUUCAUCUGUUGCCUAAUAAACUGCAUGGUUUCCCGAGUCAUAGGGGGAGGACCACACACCAUAUCAUUGCCUGAAUCCACCAAAUCACCACCAUUUUGCGCAUAAUAACUUUUACCGACACAAAAAGAUUCCACCAUCUCGAACGAACAAAUGAUCUGUUAGCAUUUAUAAAAUUGUACCGUAACUUCCUGUUUCCAUCACAGCUGUCGUUUUUUUAUUCGGUUUUACUUUACUCGCAGAAAAACUGUGGAUGAAAACGUUGUCGGUGUCAUGGAAAGAGCAGGUGUCCUUAAUGUUUUGUACAGUCAGUGUAUAUGUUGAAGAGGGUGGGGCUCAAGCUGCAUCUCUCGCUCUCUCUCUCUCUCGCCUAGGCCCCUAAUAUCGAGGGAGGCUUCCGCUCUCUGGUAGCCAUGGCAACGGGGCACUGGCGGGAGUUGGAAAGACUGUGAUGUAGCCUGCUUGCCCGCACCCCUCCCUACCCCCUCCUUCCCCCCUCACACACACACCCCCUCCUCCACCUCUUCACUGCUACCCCACCCCCUCCCUUGCAACCCUCCCCCCUCCCCAAAACACACCACUACAGCCAAAGGCACAUGCAAACACAAAUACACACAGUUAAACUGACACACACACACAAAAAUGAAUACCUGCUAGCAAUACAGUCUCAUUUGGAUACACUCUCUCUCUCUCUCUCUCUCUCUCUCUCUCUCUCUCUCUCUCUCUCUCUCUCUCUCUCUCUCUCUCUCUCUCUCGCAAUCUCUCUCUCUCUCUCUCUCGCAAUCUCUCUCUCUCUCUCUCUCUCUUGCAAUCUCUCUCUCUCUCUCUCUCUUGCAAUCUCUCUCUCACACACAGACACACCCACACAGUGAGGCGCUCACGGAGUAUGCAUGUGCAAACACAAAAACACACAGCUAAACUGACACACACACAAAAUGAAUACCUGCUAGCGACACAUUCUCAUUUGGAUUCUCUCUCGCAAUCUCUCUCUCUCUCUCACACACACACACCCACACAGUGAGGCACUCACGGAGUAUGCAUGUGCGUGUCAUGCAUGUGCGAGUAUGCACAUAGACAGGGAGUUUUUGUUAUCGUUUUUUCCGUAAAAAUAAGAAAACAUUUAAGAAAAUUCCACGUCAAAUCCUAUUGCAUGGUAUGACCAUUAGGGUGCAAUUCACAUUGACUCUAGUGUUCCUUCCAUUUGUUAUGUGUAUUAGCGACUCACAACAAAAAUAUAUUUCAGUUCUUCUCCCUACAUUCUCUCAAUUUCGAUCCAACCGCUCCCUCUACACACACGCGUGCUGUUCACCCAAGCUCCCGUUAGGUCUACAGAAAUGACUGCCUACAGAAACAUAUCUAACUGAUGGGAUACACCAAAAAAAACAGUGGACAAGCUACAUUCCUCGCCAAAUCACGACAACUUUAUCACAAAUUCAAAAUGGACAGGUUGAUGAAAGUAGGGAAAUAUGUGUUCCAACCACAAGUUGUAGUUUUGGAAUAAUAAAUGCAUCUCGUCUAUUCUAGGCUUUUUUGCUAACUGCUAUAGUGUGCCAUUUAGAAUAGGUUAAAAAAAAAACCUAGGCAGGUUACAGACUGAAAUAUGCAACAAAAACAAAUUGCAUAUUCGUAUUCAUUAAUCUAGGGGCCUACUUUGUAUCAUUAUUAACAAAAGCCUGCCCACAAAUGUACUUUUCGGAGAGAAAAAAAUCCCUUUAUGAUGAUAAUAAUAAUAAUAAUAAGAAUAUGCCAUUUAGCAGACGCUUUUAUCCAAAGCGACUUACAGUCAUGCGUGCAUACAUUUUUGUGUAUGGGUGGUCCCGGGGAUCGAACCCACUACCUUGGCGUUACAAGCGCCGUGCUCUACCAGCUGAGCUACAGAGGACCAUGAUGAUCGGGACUUGUUAGUGGGAGUUUUGUGAUAACUGCAUUGUGAUUUUAAUUUUGUGGAGAGAAAAAAAAAACAUUUUUCAGUUAGUUUUAACAUUAAGGAUUCAAUUUAGUUUAAACGUUCAUACCCCUAACACAGACCACUGUAGUAUCGCUAGGAUGCAGCUAGCUCUAUUCUCUGUCCCUAUUCAACCUCAGUCAGUCAUGGUGUCGUUGUCCAGAGCGAGUUAGUUCUCCUCCUGACUCAGAAACAACAGUACAUUGGGGUGUGUGUGUUUGUGUCAAGUUGGGUUGUGUUAUUGUUUGUAAUAAUUAGUCAUCUUCAAGACUUUACAUUGACGUGUUUGUUAUGUUUGGCUCUCUAUUGUGUCAUGCUGUUAGAUUCUGUGUUUUCUACUGUUGUAACUACAAUCAACUGUGGACUCCACCCUACUUUAAAGCACAGGUUACUGUGUGUGUGUGUGUUAGAGCCCUGCACAGGCAUGAAUUUUAAGCCCUACCCAUGUCAGAGAUGUUCAGGCCCUAACCGAUUCCUUCUGCCAAAUUUAAGGUGAACCCGAAAUCAGAAGUAACUUCCUCCUUUAGUAUCCAUUAGCUGCUCGUCUGUCUGUCUCUCGCUCCCUGCGCUGCAUGCACUCUGUGCAUGGUUCUGCUUGUGUGAGUAUCCAUAGCAACGCCUCUGCUUGCUGUAAUGAUGAGGCAGAGAUUUGGGCAUUCAAUGUAUGGGACAUUGCAACACAAUACAUGCUAGUCAGCCUGCAAAGUAAACACUUAAAUAAAUAUGUGGGCUUGCUUCAGCUUCAGCUUUUUUCUCCAAAAACAAUUGCACAAACCUGUUUACAUCUCUGUUAGUGAGCAUUUCUCCUUGCCAAGAUAAUCCAUCCACCUGACAGGUGUGGCAUAUCAAGAAGCUGAUUAAACAGCCUGAUCAUUACACAGGUGCACCUUGUGCUGAGGACAAUAAAAGGCCACUCUAAAAUGUGCAGUUUUGUCACAGAUGUCUCAUGUUUUGAGGGAGCUUGCAAUUGGCAUGCUGACUGCAGGAAUGUCCACCAGAGCUGUUGCCAGAGAAUUGAAUGUUAAUUUCCCUACCAUAAACCGCCACCAACAUCGUUUUAGAGAAUUUGGCAGGACGUCCACACAACCGCAGACCAUGUGUAUGGCGUCGUGUGGGCGAGCAAUUUGCUGAUGUCAACGUUGUGAACAGAGUGCCCCAUGGUGGCGUUGGAGUAAAACUACGGACAACAAACACAAUUGUAUUUUAUCGAUGGCAAUUUGAAUGCACAGAGAUACUGUGACGAGAUCCUGAGGCCCAUUGUAGUGCCAUUCAUCCACCGCCAUCACCUCAUGUUUCAGCAUGAUAAUGCACAGCCCCAUGUCGCAAGGAUCUGUACACAAUUCCUGGAAGCUGAAAAUGUCCAGCCAUUGAAGAGGAGUGAGACAACAUUCCACAGGCCACAAUCAACAGCCUGAUCAACUCUAUGCGAAGGAGAUGUCGUGCUGCAUGAGGCAAAUGGUGGUCACACCAGAUACUGAUUGGGUUUCUGAUCCACGCCCCUACAGUAUCUGUGACCAACAGAUGCAUAUCUGUGCACACCCUAAGUGUUUGAAUAAAAUCAACUAUAUAUGGAGGCUACUGAGCUGGUCCGAUGCUUUAAGCACACUGUGAUUAAAUAAUUAAGACACACAAAUGACUCAAGAGGGAGCCAGAGAUCAAGAUAGCCUAACGAGAAGAAGAAAAAAACUGUUCCCGAACCAACUCCUCCCGCUGCUGCUGGCCUUCGCAGAUUCUGCCAUUAUGCUCCCGACGUUGCCGGUAAUAGGCUACACCAGGGGUCGGCAAACUUUUCCAUUUGGAGUGCCAAUUUAUCUUACCAUUUCUACCGAUUUGUGUGCCAGUUAUGAUUUUCAUAUGCACAUUUUCGUGGAACAGUUUAAUUUCUUUUAUAAUAAAGUCUUUGCAUCUCAAAAUCAUUGUCAUGUGAUUAAUAAAAAGUAUAUCUAAAUAAAAAUGAUACAAAUCUAAAAGUAAUUACUAUUGCCAUUGCCAACUAUGUAAAAAUAGCCUACAUAAAGCCAUCAAAUAAAAACAUUGCAGCCUGCAGGUAGGAAAUAUCCUGAUCAAAAUAAAUCACAUUGGCUAUGCAUGGCCUAUCUGCAAGGAACUUGAAACAUUGUAUCAACUAUCAACUUGGUCCAGCCUGAAGCUUGUGCUAACAAACUUGCAACAUUGUAUAAAAUAGCUUCUCAAUAGAUGUAAAAACAGACUUUGUUUACUUGCUUUUUGAGGUGAAGAAAAAAUUACAGCUCAUUUGUGGUGGUGAGUUAAGACAAUCAGAAGUACUAUCAGAUCUCCAAAUGGGCACAUUUAUAAGACAGGUAGCCUAUAGGCCUAUAUACUUCUAUGCGUAAUCAGGGCCCUGACCUCAACCUCAUCGAACACCUUUGUGAUGAAUUGGAGAACCGACUGCGAGCGAGGCCUAGUCGAUAUUAAUACCCAUGAUCUUGGAAAGAGAUGUUUGACGAGCAGGUGUUCACAUACUUUUGGUAAUGUAGUGUGUGUAUACAUAUAUGUAGGCAAACACAACAUACACACAUGCAAAUAUACAUAACUUGCAAAACAAGCCAGGUAUCAAUGACAAUACUACAGCUGGAGGGAGAUUAAGAAACAGGAAGAGGUGAAAGAGGGUGAGAGAAAGACUGAUGUCCCAUGUGGAGACCAGACAUACAGUUAGGAUAGCUUUUAUGAAACCUGCCCAUCAAUCCAUGAUAUCUACCUCCGCUAUCUAGCAGUGGUGGAAAAAGUACUCAAGUGUCAUACUUGUGUAAAAGUAAAGAUGCCUUUAAUAGAAAAUACCUCGAGUAAAUUCACCCAGUUAGAAACUACUUUAGUUAAUGUCUAAAAGUAUCUGGUUUAAAAUGAACUUAAGUACAGUGGUGGAAAAAGUAAAACAUUUUCUCACUUGAGUAAAAGUAAAAAGUAAAUGCUAUACAUAAAAUUCCUUAUAUUAAGCAAACCUUCUGGCGCAAAUUUCUUGUACUUUUAAUUUACAGACAGACAAGGCCACACUCAGACAUAAUUUACAAACACAGUAUUUGUGUUUAGUGAGUUCGCCAGAUCGGAGGCAGUAGAGCUGACAAUGCGUUAUAUUGAUAGGUGCGUGAAUUGGCUCAUAUUGCUGUCCUGACUGAGCGUUCCAAAUGUAACGAGUUUUGGGUUUCAGGGAAAAUGUAUUGGAAUAAAAAGUACAUAUUUUCUUUAGGAAUGUAGUGGAAUAAAAGUUGUCCAACAUAUAAAUAGUAAAGUGGAGUACAGAUACUCCAAAAACUACUUAAGUAAAAAAUACUUUGAAGUACUACUUAAGUACUUUACACCACUGCUAUCUAGUUGUCUCAGUAGUACUAUAGCUGGAACACAACAUUGUUGACUCCAUCAUCAUAUGGACCUUAACCAGGGUGGAUGACGGUACCCUAGUCUCUCUCUCUCUCUCUCUCUCUCUCUCUCUCUAUCUCUCUCUCUCUCUCUCUCUCUCUCCUCUCUCUCUCUCUCCUAUCUCUCUCUCUCUCUCUCUCUCUCUCUCUUCUCUCUCUCUCUCUCUCGUUCUCUCUAGUAUCUCUCGUUCUCUCUAGUAUCUCUCUCUCUCUAGUAUCUCUCUCUCUAGUAUCUCUCUCUCUCUCGUAUCUCUCUCUCUCUCUAGUAUCUCUCUCUCUCGUAUCUCUCUCUCUCGUUCUCUCUAGUCUCUCUCUCUCUCUAGUAUCUCUCUCUCUCGUAUCUCUCUCUCUCGUUCUCUCUAGUAUCUCUCUCUCUCUCUAGUAUCUCUCUCUCUCUCUCUCUCUCUCUAGUAUCUCUCUCUCUCUCUCUCUCUCUCUCUAGUAUCUCUCUCUCCCUAGUAUAUCUCUCUCUCUCUCUCUCUAGUAUCUCUCUCUAGUAUCUCUCUCUCUCUAGUAUCUCUCUCUGUCUCUCGUAAUCUCUCUCUCUCGUUCUCUCUAGUAUCUCUCUCUCCCUAGUAUAUUUCUCUCUCUCUCUAUCUGGCUGUGAGUAGAAAUCCAUUAACCCUUUGAGCUCUUGGCUCUAUUAAGAUUCACCUCAGGCUUUAGGCAUGACCUUCAGGGCCACGGCAGAGAGCUAUUGACUGGAGACAGAUAACCCUGGAGAGAGUGAGGGGGAGGAAGGGAGAGAGAGAGAGGAGAAUGAGAGAGGGACAAAAAUUGGGAGAGGUACCGUUUGCAAUCACACUCUCUUUCUCCUCCUGACACCUUUUUUCUCCUCUCUCGCUCUCACAUACACACCCAAUCACACACACACACACACACACACACACACACACACACACACACACACACACACACACACACACACAGAGACAGAGCAUUGUUUCUCUCACCUUGUGACCUAUUGAUUUCCUCCUUUAGAAUAACUUAGUGACUUAGUCAGAGCCUAUUGGAGUUCAAUUGAGUUGACUGUCACAGCUACAGGUUCUCUCUCAGCUCUCCACGGCAAUAACCAACAAUGCAAUAUCAACACCAGCAUCGCAAUGCAAUAGCAUAAAUGAAUGAAUACUUUAUUUUACCAUAGGGAAAUUUGUCUGCCAACAAUACAGGGUAUUCCUGGCAUACAUAACACAUCACAAGACAUACAACCAACCGUGCAUAGCAAGCCAUUAAAGUUUAAAUUACAUCAAUUACUCUGCAUCUGGUGACCCAUUUAUAUGGAGUUGUUGAAUUAAAAGUGAGAGGAGAGUAAAUAAUCGUCUCGUCUCUUGCCAACCUUCCAGGGUGUCGCUGACACAGUUCUGUGACCAAUAUUCUUCUCCCUGUGUUACUCAGUUCAGUUAAUGUGUUGCCAUCGUCACUUUCUUUACCCAAUCAUUUUCUCUCUGUAUGCCCCCUCUUGCUCUCUCUCUUUCUCUCUCUAUCGCUCUCUCUUCAUCCUGUAAGUCUCCUCUCCAUCUCUCUCAUUCUAUCGCUCUCUCAAUCGCUUUCUCUCCUCCCUUUCUCUCUCUGUAGUGAUAGUGGGUGCUGCGGUGCAGGGCUGAAGGCUUAUAGAAGUGUACAGAGAUAGAUUUCUAGAUAUAAAGCAGUGCUGGGAGGGUAGCCUACAAGGACAGAUGGAGGCUGAUCACUCAGAGACCGUACAGGGAGAGAGAUGGAGGCUGCAGGGAAAGGAUAGAUACUUAGUUCAAAGUACAGGGAGAGCGAGGCAGAGGCUGAUGACAGAGGUCAAGCUGUUAGUCAUUGCUGAGAGAAUACAGGGGUCAAGACGGAUAGAAAGUCAGUCAGUACGGAGUACAGAGAGAGAUACUCAAGAUGUCUGAAUGCUCAGUGGUGUAGUAGUAAAAGUAGUUGCAGAGAACACUUCAAUGCUGCCCUCCAUCUCUUUGUACUUCCAGGAGACAGCUCUCAUCUCUGCCACACUGAAACAAUACUUCUCCCAUUCGCUAGGCCUUUUGCUAAGACACUACAGCCUCAGGAUCGCAAUAGUAUUGGGUGUGUCUUGUGUUUGAGACAAAGCCUUCCCACUGGGCACAGACGUCAAUUCAAUGUCUGUUCCACGUCAGUUCAACGUAAUUUCAUUGAAAUGACAUGGAAACAACGUUGAUUCAACCAGUGUGAUCCCAGUGGUUUGCUUGAAUUAGAUGUAUAUUAAACCCUGUUGUUGCCUAACAACUGACGCCCUUGUCUGUGUGUGAUGUGGCCAACUUUAUCUCUCACAGUGUUCGUGAACUCUCCACUGCUCAUACAAUUACUGGGUUCGUCCCAAAUGGCACCCUAUGCCCUAUUUGCCGCACUACUUUUGACCAGAGCCCUAUGCACCAUAUAGGGCCUGAAAACUCAACUCGAAGCAAGUUCCACUUUUUUUUCAUUGUUCCCCUCUAAUCAGGCACUUAUUUAGACCUGGGACACCAGGUGGGUGUAAUUAACUAUCAGGUAGAACAGAAAACCAGCAGGCUUCGGACCUCGUAGGGUUGAAUACCCCUGAUAUAGGGAAUAGGGUGCCAUUUGUUAGUGUGUACUUGUUAGUGUGUACUUGUUAGUGUGUAGUAGGAACAGGGUGAGGGUGUAAUUUUGUACGAUUUUCAGGAGCAAAUGUUUUAGCUGAGAAUAGUGGGUGUGUCUGAAUACGCUUACAAGUCUAAUCUAAACCAGUGUGAAGGGGAUAUGGGAGAGAGAUGGAUGGAAAGAGAGAAGGAGAUAUGGAGGGAAGGUGUGGGGGACAAACAGACUAGCAUGAGAGGAUGAGGUGAAAGGGUGUGGAAGCAGAGACAGGGAGGGAAAGCGGGGGAGAGCGAGGGAGGAAGGGAGUGGGUGGGCGUGAAGAUGGAAUGAGGGAAGAAAUGUGUCAGCUGAUACCUCCCAGUUUCCAUGGCAACCAGAGGCCUUUCCCACCCACUCUCCUUUUUCCUCUCUCUCGCUCUCACUCGCCCACCCUCGCACUCUCUCACUCGCCCACCCUCGCACUCUCUCACUCGCCCACCCUCGCUAUUCUCUCGCUCUUCUUUCCCCCAACAACAUGUAUCCUAGCCUAUAUGUUAUUAUGGACACUGACUGACCUCCCUCCCUCUCUGGGUCCACCUGUGUCCACUCUGUAACUGUCGUGAUGUAGGCUAGGAGAGUUUGGUUGGUGGGUUUAGAAUAGCACAUCAUCCCUAUAGCCAUAUCUCACUGAUGGGUUUUCAGCUUAUGCUGAACCAGACAACCAAAAGCAGGAAUUGUGUGUUUGUCUUGAAAUGACUGCAGGAAUGAUGAACUCACACCCAUCAUUCACCUCACAUGCACUGAGGCUCACUGUCUGUGUACAGUCUCUACAAAACCCCUGCCUUUUCUUCUUGUGCGUGUGCACCUGCGUGUGUGCGUGCUGGCGGUUGUGUGAGGGUGAGCGAGUGCGUGUGUCAGCGUGCAUGUAUGUGCAUGCCUGCCCCCCUGGGCUGGGCGUAUGCCUGAGCACUGGGUACUUGGUAGUGCUCUGAUCCAGCCUCCCCACUUCAUGCUCCAGGCUGAAUAGGGAUGUUGUGUACUCCUAUAUGCUUAGUGCUCUCUGCUGUGUAUGCUGUAGCAGGGUGCACUCAGUGCCUCAGUGGCUGGCUUCGCUUGGGCUAGGCUAGGCAUGGUUGAGCAGGACUGUUCUGUGCUGAAUGUAUGCUAUACUGUACGCUCGGUACUGACUAGUGAUCAGCAGGCAGGGUGCAGUCAGUGCCUCAGUGCAGGGCUUGGCCGGGGCUAGGCAGGGCAGGGCUGCUCUCUCCUGGCAGUGUGCCAUCUUUAGGUCUGCUGCUCUGCUCUCCACCUCCCAGCUCCACCUCUCCCUCCCAGCUCCCAGGACCCCACACAGCAGCCAUUGUUCCCCUACCCUGCUUUGCUCUGCUCUGUUUGUGCAGCCAGAGAGUACAGCUGAACUGAGCCGAGGUGAGAGCAGGGUCUGGGGGCCAGGUCUGUGUGUGUGUGUGUGUAGUGUGUGCAUGUAGGGGGAAAUCAUGCGCUGAUCAUCUCUCUCUAAUUUUCUUUCUUUCUUUCUCUUCCUUUUCCUCCCUAUUCAUCUCACUUCUCUCUCCUUGACUCUGUCACUCAUUCUUCUUCAUAUCUCUCUACCCUCUCUCUCUCUACCCUCUUCCCUCUCUCUAGCAAGCUGAAGUGGGUGAGGAGUGUCCCCAGCCUACAGACCUGAAGAUCAAGACAGAGAAGACCCAGCCUGAGUCUCCCCCUCCCCUCUGCACAGCCACAGACAUGACCAUAGACACAACCACAACAGACACAACAAAAGAUGACUCCUUCCAUCCCCCAGAGGACCAGACGGAACCUGUCGACCUGUCACUUGGCAAGCCACGCCCCUCCCUGCCCGUUUCCACACCGUCCACCACAGCUAACCCCGCCCCCAGCUCCGUGGCGCCGCCUACGCUGUCGGCAAACCACAUCCCUACGGUAACCAUUCUAGACACCAUGGUAACCACGCCAGUUAUUAAGCCAGUCGGCUCGCUAGCUAGCUCCUCUUUUGGAAUGAUGGGUAGAAGGGGUUGCCAAAAAUGUCGUAUGCAGUGACUGUUAGUUUACAAUGUUUUUCUUUUGAAAGGCUCAGUCUUUCAGUUUAACAAUUUAAUACUUACAUGCUCUUUGUUUUCUCGUCAGCUUAGCUGUUGACGCAAUGUCUGUGUCCAAAAUGGUACCCUAUUCCCCUUUCUGGCCAAAAGUAGUGCACCAUAUCAGGGAUUCCCAAACUUUUUCACUCAGGCCCCCACUUCAGCAUUGGAGAACAUCCCGCACCCCCACUCAACCCGUGUCACAUCUAUUUCUAUGGGCACAACCACUAUUCAUGACACAAACUGUUCACACCCCUCUUGUUGGCGGAGAGAACAUUUUGCAGGUUUAUAGCUUAUUUCCUACAAUUCUACACAUUAUUCUACACAAUGAUUACCUUUUAAUGUGGCAUGAACACAACCAGUCAUGAUAUUUUCAUCUGAUUGUCAAACAAAUCACUUCAAAAAGUAGGCAUGUUCGUCCACUCCAAAAUAAUUCCAACAUCCAAACUACAUGUAUACUCGUGCCAUUUGAUUAAUGGAAAUAGACAUCUGUUACAAAACACCAAAGUGUGCCUACUGACAUUCAGCGAUUGCCAUUGAUUAGGCCUACAUUAAUUGAUGAUUCUUGCUGACAAGUGUAACUUUAUAGUAGCUUGAAGUUGGGACACCUGAAAUGGGGCUGAAACUGUCCCAGGAAAAAUGGGGCUGAAAUAGGCAUACCGGUAGCCAGUGAUGUAGUAUUUUUAAAAAUAGGUGGGUAAACUGGUUGCCGGUCACGGUGAUAUAAAUAACGCUCCGCUCCCUAUGCUUUCAAUAAAAAAGAUACAAAAUAACGUGUGUAAACGCCGUUUACUUGCGUUUACCCCCUACCAGCUGAUUGAUAAAAGCAAACAAUGAUAAAUCAACAGAUAAAUCGAAUACAUUGGAAUAAGGAUUUUUUUUAAUCAAGGACACAUGGCAAACAAAAAUUGCGAAAAUGAGGAAGUACAAAAGAAAAUCUAUGUGUAAAGGAGCUAAGCUGAGGCCGAAAUUCAGAGCUACUGGAUGGACAGCACUACCACCUAGAAAUAAAUGGUUUAAACCAUGACAGAGAGGUGGGGGUGUUAAUUUCAUUGGAAACAUUUAUUUUCAUAUUUACCACUGUAAAACAUAUUUUCCACUGCAUUUUAAACAAAUAGGAGAAUGGUUAAAUUAGCAUUAUUUAGAGAAACCCCCAAAGUUCGGCUUUUGUUGGAUUUAGGGGAGCUGAGCCCCCCUGGCUCCCCUGUAAUUUGCACCAUGGAGUGACUCAAUCAUUACAUCAAAAUGUAUGGGCAAAAAAAUCUAGCUAAAAAUAAUUUUUGCUGACAUGGGCUAGUUGAUCUGGACAUUUCUGACAAGUUAUAAAUAGCUCUCUAAGGUAUGCAAUGACUGACAUGAUGAGGAAAACUGAUGAUGCUCUACCCAAUUUCGAAAUUGCACCUUGUGCAUUCAUUACAUUUUAGUAAUUUAGCAGACGCUCUUAUCCAGAGCGACUUACAGUUAGUGAGUGCACACAUUUUUCCUACUGGCCCCCCGUGGGAUUCGAACCCACAACCCUGGCGUUGCAAACGCCAUGCUCUACCAACUGAGCUACAGGAGGCCACUGCACUAUAUAGAGAAUAUGGUGCCAUUUCAGACAGUACUGCUCCCCUCCAUGUAUUACCACCUUAACCCCUCCUCUCCUCCAUCCCUCCCUCCUCCAGAUGCUCUCCCCAGGGUCCAUCCUAGCGUCCACCCAGGGGGCAGGCGGUCAGCAGAUCCUGCAUGUUAUCCACACCAUCCCGUCGGUCAACAUGCCCAGUAAGAUGGGCCAGCUGCAGACCAUCCCCGUGGUGGUCCAGUCUCUGCCCUUGGUCUAUACCACCAUGCCCACAGAUGGGGUGGCCACCGCUGCCAUCACAGUGCCCCUCAUCGGGAGCGACGGGCGCUCUGAGGGAUCCGGUGAGUCGGGAGGGAAGGAUAAGUUGCGUUUUGUUGAGAUUGAGCUUUAUGUUUUAGAUUUAGGCGAUUAGCAGACAUAGAAAUUAUGAGGCUGAAACAAUUACAAUACGAACAUCGUAAGUACAACCUUCUAAAAUAAGCGUUGAAAUAAAAGCUUCAAAGUUAAUAGAGAAAUUAUAAUUGAGUUCUCUCUGGUCACAUCCGUCCUCUUCUUCUCUUAUACACACUCUCUUCUCCGAUUUCUCUCACUUACACUAAAGAUGAUCUAUUACAGUGCAUUUGGAAAAUAUUCAGACCCCUUGACUUUUUCCACAUUUUGUUACAUUACAGCCUUAUUCUAAAAUUGAUUAAAUUGUUUUUUCCCCUCAUCAAUCUACACACAGUACCCCAUAAUAACAGAACAAAAACAGGUUUUUAGAAUAUUUUGCAAAUGUAUUACAAAUUAAAAACUGAAAUAUAAUAUUUACAUAAGUAUUCAGACCCUUUACUCAGUACUUUGUUGAAGCACCUUUGGCAGCGAUUACCGCCUCAAGUCUUCUUGGGUAUGACGCUACAAGCUUGGCACACCUGUAUUUGGGGAGUUUCUCCCAUUCUUCUCUGCAGAUCCUCUCAAGCUCUGUCAGGUUGGAUGGGGAGCGUCACUGCACAGCUAUUUUCAGGUCUUUCCAGAGAUGUUCGAUCAGGUUCAAGUCCGGGCUCUGGCUGAGCCACUCAAGGACAUUCAGAUACUUGUCCCGAAGCCACUGCUGCGUCGUCUUGGCUGUGUGCUUAGGGUCGUUGUCCUAUUGGAAGGUGAACCUUCGCCCCAGUCUGAGGUCCUGAGCACUCUGGAGCAGGUUUUCAUCAAGGAUCUCUCUGUACUUUGCUCCGUUCAUCUUUCCCUCAAUCCUGACUAGUCUCCCAGUCCCUGCUGCUGAAAACCAUUCCCACAGCAUGAUGCUGCCACCACCAUGCUUCACCGUAGGGAUGGUGCCAGGUUUCCUCCAGACGUGAUGCUUGGCAUUCAGGCCAAAGACUUCAAUCUUGGUUUCAUCAAACCAGAGAAUCUUGUUUCUCAUGGUCUGAGAGUCCUUUAGGUGCCUUUUGGCAAACUCCAAGCGGGCUGUCAUGUGCCUUUUACUGAGGAGUGGCUUCCGUCUGGCCACUCUACCAUAAAGGCCUGAUUGGUGGAGUGCUGCAGAGAUGGUUGUCCUUCUGAAAGGUUCUCCCAUCUCCACAGAGGAACUCUGGAGCUCUGUCAGAGUGACCAUCAGGUUCUUGGUCACCUCCCUGACCAAGGCACUUCUCCCCCGAUUGCUCAGUUUGGCCAGGCGGCCAGCUCUAGGAAGAGUCUUGGUGGUUCCAAACUUCUUCCAUUUAAGAAUGAUGGAUGACACAGUGUUAUUGGGGACCUUCAAUGCUACAUAAUUAUUUUGGUACCCUUCCGCAGAUCUGUGCCUCGACAGCUCUACGGACAAUUCCUUCGACCUCAUGGGUUGGUUUUUGCUCUGACAUGCACUUAUAUAGACAGGUGUGUGCCAUUCCAAAUCAUGGCCAAUCAAUUGAAUUUACCACAGGUGGACUCCAAUCAAGUUGUAGAAACAUCUCAAAGAUGAUCAAUGGAAACAGGAUGCACCUGAGCUCAAUUUUCGAGUCUCAUAGCAAAGGGUCUGAAUACUUAUGUAAAUUGGCAAAACAAUCCCUAAAAACUGUUUUCGCUUUGUCAUUAUGGAGUAUUGUGUGUAGAUUGAUGAGGAAAAAAUGUAAUUUCAUCAAUUUUAGAAUAAGGCUGUAACGUAACAAAAUGUGGAAAAAGUCAAGAUGUCUGAAUACUUUCCGAAUGCACUGCAGGUAACUGCCAAAAUAAAGGAAACACUGGAGUAAAUGAGGGAUACAAAGUAUAUUGAAAGCAGGUGUGGUUCCUGAGUUAAUUAAGCAAUUAACAUCCAAUCAUGCUUAGAGUCAUGUAUAAAAAUGCCCAGUUGCACAUUAUUUUGGUGACAAUGGCUAUACUUUGAAAUAAGGGUCUCAAAGAAGCAUAGGGGGUUUAAAGUGUGUGUGUCACCAGAUCUUAACCCAAUUAAGGCAGGGGUUCCCACAUUUUUUCACUCAGACCCCCCUUCCAGCAUUGGGGAACAUCCCACGGGACAGCCACCUCUCAAUAGAAAUAGGUGUAUAAACAAGGACUUUGCACUAUAUUAAUUUAACAAUAGGUUUGUUAUUGCCUUGGAUUGAAUUAGAACAUAUCAUGAUGUAAAUAAAUGUCCUACGUUUGGAGACUUAACUGUUUUUUAAAAUAGAUUUUGGGGGAUGGGACUGCAAUUUGCACUACUCUGUAGAAUCACCCAUAUAGUGCACUACUUUGACCUAUAUCCCCUAUGGACCUUGGUCAAAAGUAGUGCACUAUAUAGGGAAUACGGUGCCAUUUGGAAUGAAGCCAGAGACCAUAGUCAGACACCAUAGUUAGCACUGGUGGGAAAAGCACUGCUGUCUGUUGCUGGAUAGUAGUAAAUUCCCUUGAUUAGUACCGGAUGCUAUUACAGGCCUGGUGUGUACGAGAGAGUUACUGCCCAGCAAAGUAGGACUUGUAAUCUUAAUACGCUAUCAGUGUAAUAUUCUCCAAUAACGUGAAAUACUUACUGUUCUCGAAAGGAGAAGAGAGACGGCCAAGUGAACACUACACAGUUCAUCAAUGUGAUUUACAGUGCUGCUUAACACUCAAACAGUAAUGGUAUGAUGUUGUUAAGAUGUUGACCAUCCCAAAAUGUAUUUAGGCUAAUGAAGACAAAGUUGAGGAAAAAGGGGGGGCAGGUAGCUUAGUGGUUAAGAGCGUAGUGCCAGUAACCGAAAGGUCGCUGGUUCUAAUCCCCGAGCCGACUAGGUGAAAAAUCUGUCGAUGUGCCCUUGAGCAAGGCACUUAACCCUAAUUGCUCCUGUAAGUCGCUCUGGAUAAGAGCGUCUGCUAAAUGACUAAAAUGUAAAUGUAAAUGUAAAACUAUGUACAAGUUUUCAAGAGAUGUAAUUUCUAAGUAAAUAAGGAAGCAGGAGAUUCAACAAGCAAACAAGAUUCCACCCGUUUCCCAAAUUGAAACGGUUCCCUCUGCUUUCUGAUGUCCUCUAGCUGUGGUCUUUGGCCCCACAGUCUCUAGAGCUCUAGAAUUCUAGGGUCCAGUUUCCCGGGCACAGAUUAAGCCUAGUGUAGUCUUGGACUAAGAAGCUCUUUCCAUGGAGAAUGUCCAUCGAACAUGCUUUUUUAGUCUAGGACUAGGCUUAAUCUGUAUCCGGAAAAUACCCCAGGACCUCUAAAGUGUCAACAUGAACAUUCUGUAAGUAGAAAACACAUGUAGAUGAGUGUGUUGAUACAGAGUGUACAUGAGGAGGUGCAGAUUUUAAUUCAAAAGAGUUGCUACACUACACUAGUGUAACACAUGAGUGCACCCACAGAGCUCUGAGUAGAGAGAGUGGGAGGGUGGAGUAUGGGAGAGAGGGUGGAGUACGGAUGGAGGGAGGGAGGGAGUUUUAGAAGGGGGAAGAGGUAGGGAGGAGAUGGGUCAUUCUGCCUUUGAAUAAGGUGGGUUUCAGUAAGAAUAGGGAUAAGAGGGGGGGAUCGUCCGAACAUACAAAGGACAGUUAUUUACCCCCAUCCCAACCCCAUCGUCACAACCAACCCCCACCCCCCACUCAUCCUCAAGCAAGAUACACUUUAAACAGUGCAGUCACCACAUUCUGACCCACUAAAGGAGGGAGGGAGGGAGGGGUGGGGUGGGGGAGGGGGGUUCACAAAUACAAUCACCACCCUCCGCAGCACAGCCAACCAUACCUAAGUAUCAUGAGGAAUUCUCUCACACCUAAAUAGAAAUUCAAAUGAGCUCAGCUGGGAUGACUUACCUUUUGUGUUGCCAAGUACUGUGUGUUACUGUUGGAUUUAAGUCGCUAACUCCCCGUUGUUUGUCUUUCUCUAUUUAUACCCAUCUUUCUUCCUCUCUCUCUUUCUUCCCCCUCUUUCACUCUCCCUUCCCUCUCUCACCCCUCCCUCCCUCCCUCUACCCCAUCUCUCUCUCCCUCUCUCUUCAUCUUCUCCAUCCCUCCAUCUCUCUCCCUCCCCCCUUUCUCCAUCCCCCCUCCUCUCCCUACAGUGCGAAUCAAGCCUGGCUCGGCAUCUCCAGUGGAGUACCAGAGUGACAGUGAUGUGGAGAGUGGGACAGAGUCGGGUUCAGCGUCCUUCAGUACACAGGGACUGGAUACUGGGUGCGUGUCAUAGAAUGGAAGGUGGUGGUAUAGGCCUGGACACAGGGUGGUGGUGUAGGGGUGGUGGUACUGCAGGACUCAGCCUCCUUCAGUACCCACAGCUUGGACACAGGGUUAGUGUUAAGGCGUCCACGUGCUUCCCAGCCGAAACAGUUCGGAACAGUUUGUGCAUAUAUUAUGAACAUUUUGUGCUGAUUUUCGUUCAGCUGUUCAGGCACACCAUUUUUUUUCUCGGCAGCUGAAGUCUACGCCCCAUUGUUAGGCUACUGGAUAUGGCGUCUCAAAAUGGACAAACAGUACUAUUGCCGGUUUAAAAAAAUAAUAAUAUUUAAGCUAAGGUCUUUUAAGGGAGAAUGUGAGCACACUCGUUCGGCUAGGCGCCAGCCCAACUGAAGCAUGCUGACACCUUUAGAGGAUGGAGGCUGGGUGAUACAUUGGGUUUUUAAUCAAUAUAAGAUAACAAUACUUAUUGCAAUCGCUAUUUCAAAACAUAUCUUGCAUGAUUUGUGGGUAGUUGGGUAAACUACAUAAAGUAUUCAUACCCCUUGGCUUAUUCCACAUUUUUUGGAAUUCAAAAUUGAUUAAAUCGAUUUUUUUUCUCUCACCCAUCUACACGCAAUACCCCAUAAUGACAAAGUGAAAACAUUUUUGUAGAAAUGUUUGCAAAUGUAUUGAAAAUGAAAUACAGAAAUAUCUAAUUUACAUAAGUAUUCACACCCCUGAGUCAAUACUUUGUAGAAGCACCUUUGGCGGCGAUUACAGCUUUCAGUCGUCUUGGGUAUGUCUGCCUUUUUGCAAACUCCAGGCCAGCUGUCGUGACUUUUACUCAGGGGUGGCUUCCGUCUGGCCACUCUCCCAUGAAGUCCAGAUUGGUGAAGUGCUAUAGAGACUGUUGUCCUUCUGGCAGGUUCUCCCCAUCUCAGCCAAGGAACUCUGUAGUUCUGUCAGAGUUGUCAUUGGGUUCUUGGUCACCUCCCUGACCAAGGUCCUUCUUGCCCGGUUGCAUAGUUUGGUCGGACGACCAGCUCUGGAUAGUUCCAUACUUUUUCCAUUUCCCAAUGAUGGAGACCAUUGUGCUCUUGGAAACGUUCAACACUCCCCAGAUAUAUGCCUCAUCACAAUUCUAUCUCGGAGAUCUAUGGACAGUUCCUUGGACUUCCUGGUAUAGUUUCUGCUCUGACAUGCACUGUCAACUGUGGGACCUAUAUAGACCGAUGUGUUUCUUUCUAAAUCAUGUCCAAACUAUUGAAUUGGCCACAGGAGGACUCCAAUCAAGUUGUAGUGACAUCUCAAGGAUGAUCAGAGGAAAUUGGAAGCACCUGAGCUCAAUUUGGAGUGUGUGAAUACUUAUGUAAAUGAGACAUUUAUGUGUUUCAUUUUCAAUGACGUUGCAAACAUUUCUAAAAGAAUGUCUACACUUUGUCAUUAUGGGGUAUUGUGUGUAGAUGGGUGAGAAAAAUAUAAAUGUAAUCCAUUUUGAAUUCAGGCUAUAACACAUCAAAAUGUGGAAUAAGUCAAGGGGUAUGAAUACUUUCUGAAGGCACUGUAGGAGUAGAGUGAUACAGGAAGAGUAUAGCAGGACUGGGCUUGAGUGUAUUAGAGAAAAGUAUAAAGGGUUAAUUUGCUCCUUCACUGGGGGUUUUGGCUGUGGUGAGCUGGGCCCGUCCCCCCUCUCUCCUCUCCUCUCCUCUCUCUGGCACUAAUUACAUUACUGCAGCACUGCUUUUCUCUGGACCCUUACAUAACCCCUGAACACUGGAUGAGAGGAGAGUCAGUGUGUAUGUGUCACACAAUGUGUAGUGAGGCAGCAACCAGGAGAGACAGAAUGUAUUAAUGUGUAACUCUAUUUGGUAGGAGGACGCAGCAACCUCAACACCCCAAAGGCGUAGCUUUGUGUGUGUGAGAGCUUGCUGCACUCUAUCUAACUGAAAUGCAGGGUGUGUGCUUGGAGAGUUCACUUAGCUGACGUGUGUUUGUGUGUUUGUGUGUGUUGCUGGGCAGGGUUGUCACAGAACUGGGUGUAAACAAGGUUACGUAAUGCCGUUUUCUGUCACACCUCCUUAUAAAUGGUUUGGAGAGAGAGAGAAAGAGAGGAGCGGGGUGAGGGAGUGUUAGAGGCGGGAUGGGGUGAAUACUAUUCUCUCUCUUUUUGCUGGUUUAGUGUGUUUGAGCCAACGGCUGGGCAGAGAGAGAGAGAGAGAGAACAAGAGAAAGGAAGAGAGAGAGGAGGAAAGGGAGUGAACUAGUUGGCAGGCGGGGUGGAGAAGGGAAGGCCGCGAGGAACCGGGAGGAUGGGAGGGAGAGUGUGAGAGGAAGGAAAGGCGGGGUGAGGGAGAGGAGAGUUGGGGAGAGAGGGAAGAGAGAGGAGAGAUCAGCAUUGAACUGGAAGCUGUCUAGCUGUAGAGGUAUUCGACAGUCACUCUCUAGCACUCUCUGCUGCCUGUGGCCUGUAACUUCACCCAGGGAUAAACCUAAACAAGAAACUUAAUCAGCAGUGAUUACCAGGAGUGAGGCUCUGUUAGAAUCAUCAAAAUUAACAUGAUGUAUUUAACUAUUCUGUAUGUAUACUGAACAAAAAUAUAAAUGCAACAUGCAACAAUUUAAAAUAUUUUACUGAGUUACAGUUCAUACAAGGAAAUCAGUCAAUUGAAAUAAACUCAUUAGGCCCUAAUCUAUGGAUUUCACAUGACUGGGAAUACAGAUAUGCAUCUGUUGGUCACAGAUAUAUUUUUAAAGAAUGUAGGAGCGUGGAACAGAGAACCAGUCAGGAUCUGGUGUGACCACCAUUUGCCUCAUGCAGCACGAUACAUCUCCUUCGUAUAGAGUUGAUCAGGCUGUUGAUUGUGGCCUGUGGAAUGUUGUCCCACUCCUCUUCAAUGGCUGUGCAAAGUUGCUGGAUAUAGGUGGGAACUGGAACACGUUGCCUUACAUGUCGAUCCAGAGCAUCCCAAACAUGCUCAAUUGGUGACAUGUCUGGUGAGUAUGCUUGCCUGGAACAUUUUCAGCUUCCAGGAAUUGUGUACAGAUCCUUGCGACAUGGGGCCGUGCAUUAUCAUGCUGAAACAUGAGGUGAUGGCGGCGGAUGGAUGUCACGACAAUGGGCAUCAGGAUCUCGUCACAGUAUCUCUCUGCAUUCAAAUUGCCAUCAAUAAAAUGCAGUUCUGUUCGUUGUCCAUAGCUUAUGCCUGCCCAUACCAUAACCCCACCGCCACAAUGGGGCACUCUCUUCACAACGUUGACAUGAGCAAACCGCUCGCCCACACGACGCCAUACACCCUGUCUGCCAUCUGCCCGGUGUACAGUUGAAACCGGGAUUCAUCCAUGAAGAGCACACUUCUCCAGUGUGCCAGUGGCCAUUGAAGGUGAGGAUUUGCCUACUGAAGUCGGUUAGGACGCUGAACUGCAGUCAGAUCAAGACCCUGGUGAGGACGACGAGCACGCAGAUGAGCUUCCUUGAGAAGGUUUCUGACAGUUUGUGCAGAAAUUCUUCAGUUGUGCAAACCCACAGUUUCAUCAGCUGUCAGACCAUCCUGCAGGUGAAGAAGCCGGAUGUGGAAGUCCUGGGCUGGCGUGGUUACACAUGGUCUGCGGUUGUGAGGCCAGUUGGACGUUCUGCCAAAUUCUCUAAAACGACGUUAGAGGCUGCUUAAGGUAGAGAAAUUAACAUUAAAUUAUCCGGCAACAGCUCUGGUGGACAUUCCUGCAGUCAGCAUGCCAAUUGUACACUCCCUCAAAACUUGAGGCAGCUGUGGCAUUGUGUUGUGACCAAACUGCACAUUUUAUAGUGGCCUUUUUUUUUGUCCCCAGCACAAGGUGCACCUGUGUAAUCGUCAUGCUGUUUAAUCAGCUUCUUGAUAUUCCACACCUGUCAGGUGGAUGGAUUAUCUUGGCAAGGCGAAACACUCACUAACAGGGAUGUAAACAAAUUUGUGCACAACAUAUUUGAGAAAUAAGCUUUUUGUGCGUAUGGAACAUUUCUGGGAUCUUUUAUUUCAGCUCAUGAAACAUGAGACCAACACUUUACAUGUUGCAUUUAUAUUUUUGUUCAGUGUAGUUCCCUCAUGUAGCCAUGUCCAAAUACAUAGGGGCGAAUCCUAGCUUCCCAUUGACAUCAAUGCAUGACUAAGUAAAUCAAAUUGUGUCACCUAAUGAUGACGCAGCAUUGACAAACUCAUUUCUAUGACUUCAUCAGUCAUACAGAUCAGUACAAUAGAGUGCAUUAAUAAUAAACCCAUGGAUAUAUCUUGAUUGGCCAGUCAGCCACACUACUAUGGCAGUUCCCUAUAGGUGUUACAUCACAGUCCUUUCCUUCUAGGUUUAGUUGGGGCUUAGACAAUAUGGGUGGGGUUGGGGAGGUUAAAGGUCAUAGAACAUGUCUGCUCAUGUAACACUAACAAUUCCAGACCUGGGUUCACAUACCAUUUGAACUCUUUCAAAUAGUUUUAGUGUUUUCUUUAGCCUGCCUGGAGUGCCAAUUCUGUUAGUUUCAUUGUGCCGGCCAAGCUUUUAUCAAGCCCAGAUUAAGUAUUUGAAUAUGUUGUUGCUGUUAUAAUCAUAUUGUAUUGGAUGUAAUGUAGUUGUAUUUUGUAUUAUUUUAGUGAGUGUUUGUAUUUGCACUCUGGCUGUGUAAUUGCCCUUACCUGCCCAGGGACUACGGGUGCAAAUUAGCUCUGUACUAACCCCAGCACAUUUACAUGGAUGUUGCAUUACUGUAAUAUUGGUGUUGAUUAAUGUGCAUUGUCCUUAUAAAAUGUAAAUAAUAAUAUAAUAGUAACCCAGGUCUGAAGAGUUAAUAUACAGGUAGCUAGCUGCUGUCUGGUAAUCCUGCUAUUGCAGGUGAUCCGGUGUUACGUUUAGUAAUUUCACUAAAUACACGACUCAGUGCAUGUCACUCCAGCCUCACCCAUAUAAUGACAGGUCUGUUUUUUCUCUCUCUCUCUCUCUCUCUCUCUCUCUCUCUCCCUCUCUCUCUCUCUCUUCUCUCUCUCUCUCUCUCUCUCUCUCUCUCUCUCUCUCUCUCUCUCUCUCUCUCCUCUCUCUCUCUCUCUCUCUCUCUCUUUCAUUGAGAGCACACACUCUCUCGUACGCAUAAAUGCUGUCUCUUCUAUCUCUCUCUCUCUCUUUCCCUCUCUCUCUCUUUGUCCCUCAGGUCGGGUGUAGACAUGGACAUGCAGGUGGAUCCUGAUUCGCCAGAUAUGAAGAGGAGGCGUGUCCAUAUGUGUGACUAUGACGGCUGUAACAAGGUGUACACAAAGAGCUCACACCUCAAAGCCCACCGCAGGAUACACACAGGUAACACCAGUGUUGGGAAAGUAAGAUAUUACUAACCCUGACGUUUUACAAAAGUAACAUGUUACUUUACAAUAUGACUUUGUGUGGAAAGUAACGAGUUCUAUUACUUUGCGUUACUUUCAUGGGAAAAAAUCUCAAUCUCACCCGUUUGUUUAACUGUGGAGGGAGCAAGACAAGCCACGCUCUACCAACGAUAGACUACUUACUAACUCAGGUUUGAUCACUAGUUUCUCCUUUAAUCUGAGGUGCUGCUUUCCUGCGCUAUCAUAUGGGCUACUUAAUUAGCCAUAUACUGUAAGCCCAAAAUCUGUACAUAUUUCCUAUCUUUUAAUUCAAAAUCUUUCCCUCGAGCUGCCAGUUCUUUCUUAUAGACCUCACAUACACGGCCCAUAGAGAUGUAUAGACAUCAGAGGUGCGCCCUCUCUACAUUUCUAUGGACAGCAGCUGUCAUGACAUUUCUCUAAACAGCCAUUCUCCGAGAUCGAGAUCGGAUCAUGGAAAAACGCCCGGUGGAGAUAAGAUUCUGAAAGUAACGCGCGCAUUUUGACAAAGUAACUGUAAUAAAAUUACCCAAUUUGAUAAAAUAACGCAUUACUUUACUCUGUUACUCAUAAAAGUAACCAAAUUACGUUACGUGUUCUUCUUGUAACGCGAUACCCCCAACACUGGGUAACACACACCCUGACCCACCCACAUACUCAUCUAUAGCCAAUGACUGAUCCAGGGCCCGCAUUCUGUAGCCCAGUGGUUCCAAACUCCAGUCCAACAGUACACAUGUAUGUUGCAGCACUGGACAAUCACACCUGAUUCAACUGGUCAACUAAUCAUCAAGCCCUCAAUUAGUUGAAUGAGGUAUGUUUGACCAAGGCUACACAUUUUGUUGAUGCUGUUGGGGGUACCCGACGACUGGAGUUGGGAAACACUGCUGCAGAACUUGAAUAGACUGCGUAGAUCUAUACUAUAGCUUCUUAUCUGAAGAUGCCUUGUUUUUGCUCAAUUACAUGCACUGAAUGUACUGCCUAUUAAACCAAUCAAUCAAUCAACCAACUCCAUGUCUUCUUCCCUGUAGGAGAGAAGCCGUACCACUGUACAUGGGAGGGCUGUACCUGGAGGUUCGCCCGUUCAGACGAGCUGACGCGACACUACCGCAAACACACGGGCAUCAAGCCUUUCCGCUGCACCGACUGUGACCGCUCCUUCUCCCGGUCCGACCACCUAGCCCUGCACCGGAGACGCCACAUCAUGAUGUGAACCAUGACCUCUGACCCCUGAUCUUUAAACCCUGCCACCUACCACCAUCGCCCCCCCAACCCAUCACCUCCCUGCCCAUCCCCCCCUCAGUACUCAAAUGAAACUCAGAUGGGAGGGGCUAAACCCUGAACUGUCACUUCCUGUUCCUGUCCCUUUUCUCCUCGUCCUCCAAUUUGAACUGUGGGUCAUCAUGGAGAUCAGGAAAUUAAAGAGGUGGAGAACGAAGAUUGCAAAG